CCAUCCACGUAGCUUUCUAAAGCCAUUCGCUUGCAAGUAACCAGGCUAAUCUCUCUCACAGAUCAUGCACGGUUCCUGAGACUCAAUUGACGGAAAUAUAGUAAGGUAUCUAGCAAAACGGCUCGCAAAAUACGGGAUGUUUUCUGCUUGACAACUCACACUCCUCUUUUGCCGACAGAAGCAGCGCACCGAAUACGAGCGUGUAGCGUUAAAGAUCUCGGUCUCAUAGUUGUCUUAGUGAAGAGAGAUGGAGUUUGGAGGCUGUAGAUAGCGAUGUCGAGACCAAACACUCCCCUUGGUCGACCAAGAUCACGGUCCGGUACAAGAAGCCCGGCACCAAAUGUGGCCGACCGAGCAGUGCACAAAAUUGCAGAUCACAGGGAUGCCGUGCAAAAGAAGACAUUUACCAAAUGGGUUAACAAUCGACUUCUUAAGGUUGGAGUGCGAAUUUUAGAUCUCUAUGAGGAGCUAAGAGAUGGAGAAAACCUUUUAUUACUGCUAGAGGUGCUCUGCAAUGUCAAGUUGCCAAGAGAAAGAGGACUGCUGCGCUUCCAUAUGCUACAGAAUGUCCAGACAGCUUUGGAAUUCCUGGAAAGCAAAAAGAUCAAGCUUGUCAACAUUCGCAGUGAUGAUAUAGUGGAUGGAAACCCCAAGCUCACACUUGGUCUCAUCUGGACCAUCAUCUUGUACUUCCAGAUCAAUGACUUGGACGUUGAAAUCGCUGGUGAGAAGGUUCAGGAUUUGUCUGCUAAAGAUGCUCUUCUACACUGGUCAAAGAAAGUCACGCAAGGAUACCCCAAAGUUGAUGUCAAGAACUUCAGUUCAUCUUGGAGAGAUGGAUUUGCUUUCAAUGCUAUAAUCCACAGAUACAGGCCUGAUCUAGUGGAUUUUUCCAAGCUAAGUAAGACCUCCCCAGAAGCAAAUAUAGAGUAUGCUUUUCAUGUUGCUGAAAAAGAGCUUAAUGUCCCCCGUUUGCUCGAUGUUGAAGAUGUAGUGGUAUCUGAAAACCCUGAUGAGAAAUCAAUCAUGACAUACGUCGCUUCACUGUAUGAGGUGUUCCCCCGCACCCCUACUGUACAAGAGUCGCUUCAUGACAAUGAAAAACAACUGAAAUACGAAGAAUACUGUAACUACGCCAAGAACCUUGUUGACCUGGUGAAUGACGUAAUCAGCAACCUUGAAAAGCAGAAAAUCCCCCGUACCAUUCAAGGCAUCAAGGAACUCAUCCUUGCUUUCAAUCGCUACCGCAUAACCGAAUACCCCGACAUGGUCGCGACCCGGCACUCAAUCAAAAUGCUCUACAAGAAUCUGCAGGUACUCUACGGACCGAUGACAACUUGGCUAGAUUUUCCUAAAGAUUGCAGCCCGAGGGAGCUUGAAGUUCUUUGGACAAAGCUGGUGGAUACUCAGGAGAGCUAUAACAAAUCCCUUCGCAUCGAGCUAACAAGGUUAGAACAAAUGUCUCAAGUCGCUGAGAAAAUCCACAAAGAGGCCAUAUUGGUAGACGGAUCUCUAGAUGAUAUUGAGGACAGAAUCAAAAUGGAGGAGCAACUAGAAGACUCUGUGGACGUUCAAACGCGUCGAAAGAGUUUCACAACCAUCGAGAAGUCUUUGGUCAUGUUCGAGAGCAGUAUCAAGCACAUGAUAUCAGGAUCCGAUAUUCUUGUCGCCGGGAAGUACCCGAGAGCCGAAGAUCUACAGGCACGUGUUCGCGCCAUUGAUCAUCGCUGGAACCGAAUACGCGCCCACCUCGGCCACCUUGCAAACCAGCUUCGCGACUACAAGUCCGUUACCACGGGCGAGGGCAAGCGAAUGAAGAUGGAGGUCCCCCUUACCCAGUCCCGAGCCCCCUCAACCCAGGCUGCUGCCCCGGAAUCCAUGGAUGCUGAGGAUGCUGCUGGCCCUCGCGGCACGAAGAAGGUGAUCACAGUGACCAAGCGGACGUACAAGAGUGCGACCGGUGAGCCCCUGGAGACUCGUACAACAGUGUCACGCGUCACGUCAUCGCUACCACCGGAAGAGCGCGUGAGCCUUUCCUUCUUAUCAUCCGACUCCCUCCCCUCCUCGGACUCCGGCAUCUCCCCCGGCUCCUCCCCCCAGGGGCGCAAGAUUGCCCGCCUGCAGUUCAACAUCGACAAGUCACGCAACAAGCGGCACACCCUCGACUCCAUGCUCCAGUGGGUUCGUGAGAAGAAGGCGUCGCUGGAGAUGGCCGAGUACGGCCUUGAUCUACCGUCGACCCAGAAGUGUCUUCAAGAGCACCACGGAGAGCACGACCUCGUUAUCGCGUUUGACGACGAACUCGCGGCCGCCAAGAAAUACGAGGUUGAAGAUCCCUCACUAAAGCCUAAAAUCUUGGAGUUACACGAGGAAUACGUUACGCUAGUGACGGCGUCUGUAGAGCGCAUGCGCCACUUGAAAAGCCUCGUCGAGUUCAUGAGCGAGGCUACCAAGGAACUCAUCUGGAUGAACCAACGAGAGGAGCCCGAGGUGUCACGUGACUGGGCACGCGCUGACCUUGACCUUGCAGACCUUGCUACCUAUGGCCAGGAACUUCUCUUGGAAAUCAAGGACCAUGAGCCUCACUACCAGGGUAUCGUUGCCAAGGGUAACGGAAUGGUCCAAUCAGGACACCCCGCACCAGGCCCCAUCGAGGCUUACCUCAGCGCCAUGAGCAGCCAGUGGUGGUGGAUCAACCAACUGACACUCGCGUUUGACGAGCAUUUGAAGAACGCUCAGAUACACCAACAGUUCCAAGGUGACGCCCAGGCCGCGGAACAGAAGAUGGUCCAUUUCAUCGAUCAGCUCAACACAGUGUAUGGUGUCCAGUCCAUCCCGGACAAGCAGACGGCUACUUCCAGACUCCACAAACUCGGUGAGAUGAAGCAAGAGCUGAUAGAUUAUAAAGACAUUAUCAGCUCACUACAACUGCUAAGCAAGCAGGUGACCCCAAUGAAGCAGAGAAAGUCAAAGUUACGGCAAAAGACUUCUGUCAAGGCUGUGUGCAGUUAUAAAAAUAUGCAGAACACUGUCGAGCAGGGAGAAGAAUACACGCUGUUUGAUAAUACAGAGCAUCAUGCAUGGAAGGUUGCCUCUAGCCCUGGAGAGCAGUCUGAAGUUCCCUCUGUCUGUUUUGUUAUCCCUGCUCCUGACUUAGAGGCAAUAGAUUUCGCUACAAGACUUGAGAUCCAGUACAAGCACUUGCUGACGCUAUGGAGGACUCGGCACUCGAAUCUCAAACAGGCACUAGCCAAGGAGCAAGUAUUCACCAACAUCAAAGUUGUAAAGUCAACCAUACCACACCAGGCACUCCCCCAACUUGCCCUGGCUGGUAGCAAAGACGUGGAACAACUAUUGAAAGAGAUGCAAGAUGGUGACCAGGAGAUCAUAGGCAUUACAGAACAGCUCGUCAGUGAGCAGGCCCCAGAGAGCACUGAUGGAACUGCCUUCAGUAGGACCUAUCAGACCCCUCAAGCUAUGGAUGAGAAGAGGGUUGAGCAAACUUUAAAAGAACUCACAAAAUGGCUAAAUGACACUCAUUCACUCAUCAACACAAAGUCUGAAGAGACUCUAAACAUGGAUCACAUUCCUACGCAACUACAGGAGAUCAAGGAUCUCCAAGAUGAGCGGGUCACCACACGCCAGCCUCAGCUUGAGGCUUUACAAACCACGCUUACCGCCAAGAUGGACCCACACUUACAGCGCAAACUUGAGACUGUCGUCACCAAAUGGAAAGCCACAACAUGCUCAAUGGAUGAGUGGCAGAAGAUGCUCGAGUUUGUUCUUCACGUGACGACUUUCAUUAGGGAGCUCUCUGAUUGGCUGCACCGAGUCGAGAUUAUCUUGAUCCAACAACCAGGACUUACUGCUGACCUCCGAGAAGUGCAGGCUCAGCUCUCCCAACUAGAGAGCAUUAGCGAGAAAGAGAUUAUUCCACGCUUGAAUAAGAUUGAGGAUGUCCAGCUUGCGUUACCCCAGCUGCGAGAACUAGAUCGAGCUCACACCCAGGACCUUCUUGAUAGAUGGGAUCAGGUGACAGAGCAAGUUGAUGAGCGCAUGCGCAGACUCGCCCGUGGUUUACAGGGCCUUCAUGGAUUCCAAACACCGCUGGCCGCGGAACGGACAUGGCUGGAUGAGGCAGAGCUUAAAGCCGAGGAGUUACGGUCAGCGGAAGAGCAUGCGCAAAGCGUGGAGCAGAGAAUGGAAGAGCUCACGAACUUCUAUACCGAGGUGUGCAGACACGAGACCCCGGUUAAGACGUGCACAACCGACGGGGAUGACUACACGAAUGAGUCAAAGGACUUCGAGGACUCGCUAGAAAGAUACCGACGCAGUCUGCACCACCUGCCCGAGUCUCGAGAAAAAGAGAAUUCUGCACUUGGGGCAGCGAGGAGAGGCCGAGAAACGAUACGAGCGAAUACGGCCGAGACGCGACUGCGAUACGAGCGCUUGAUGGCCGAGGUCCAGGGUGUUAUGGAGGCAAUGGUGGAUGUACUCAAGAAGGAGGGUCCGGAGCACAAAGAGGUGGAGGCCGCAUGCCUGGACUGGUGCUCCUCUAUUCAGCGCCUCCUGGACUGGGUAAGCGACACGGAAAAGACCCUGGUUCAGCAGGACGCCUCCCCGGCAGACGUGAGACAGCUGGAGGAGCAGAUAGAGGAACAGAAGAAAUUGACGCGCGCCAUCAAUGAGCGCAAGAGGCCUGUCGAGAGUGCGUUGAAGCAAGGCGAACGCUUCCUCCAGGGCCGUGCGGACCAGCUGGGGCCUGAGGCGAGGGGCGCUUUGGAUAGCAAGAUGACAAGCUUGGAGGCGCGAUGGAACCGACUGCAGAACGAGCUCGAUAACCGCUACAUGAAGCUCGUCCUGAUCCACGAGAAGCUGACGCGCUUUGAAGAGCUGUUGCAUCCGUUCUUGGCGUGGCUCAAAAGGGCUGAGGAGCACAGGGCAGUCAUCAUGAACAACGUGAACGACUCGCAGACGGCGCAGGAAAGACUUUAUACCCACAAGAAUUUCGUCGAGGAUGUGAAAGACCACGAGCGAGACUUGAAGGAGGUCAAUCAUUGUGGCGAGGAUUUCUUACACGAAGCCAAGGUGUUCCAAGCCGAACUUGAGCGUUCAGUAGCGACCCUUGGCGAUGACCAGGCCCCCUCGGAAGACCUCGGCAACCCGAACGAUAAGUCCUGGGUACUAGAAAAAAAACUCUCCGACAUCAACGAGCGCUACAACCGACUUCUGGUUCUACUGACCGAGCGGGGCACGUAUCUGGAUCGAUCGUGGAAGCAACUGAGAGAUUACGACACCAAGGCUAGUCAAGUCCUGCCUUGGCUGAGCUCGGCAGAGGAACGACUCGCUCGGAAGAUGGCGCAGCCUAUAGGAAGGGACCCGAGCACCCUACGACGAGAAAUCGAUGAGCUGAAGGCUUUCCAGGCGGAAGUCAAUUCUCACCAACCGGAAGUAAUAUCCGUCGACGUCCUCGGUCAUAGUAUCGAGAGGGUGGCGCCGACUUCCGGUAAGCCCGUGCGGCAGCGUUACGAUGAACUGUGUACGAACAUCGCACAAUACGAGGCGCGGCUACAGAGCGCGCUCACCAACUCGCAGAACUUCAAGGAUGGUCUUGACGGCGCCAUACGCGCGCUACAGGAAGUCAAAAAACACCUUGGCAAGCUAGAACCAGUCUCCAGCACGCUGGCCGAGCUCAGAACACAGGCACAGCAAUUCAAGGUGUAUCAGAACGAGAUCAACAAGCACGGGACCACGGUGGAUGCGCUCAACGAGAUGUUCCAGGGCCUGAAGAAGAAGCAGAAGGAGUCCAAGCUGAAGCAGCUGAACAAACUGUGGGACGAGGUGCGAGGCAUGGCGGAGAGCAGAAGAGCGGACAUGAAGAGUGUCUUUGUCAUGAUCGCUAAGGACUUCGAGCGCUGGGAGCUCACCAUGAUCAAGAGAUUGGAUUCCGGGGAGCUCGUUACAUCGGAUAUCCUCGUAUUUGAGGAAAAACUACAGAAUUUCAAAGACGAGGUCGAGCGCAUGCGGCCAGCGCUCCAAGGCGUCAACCAGGGCGGCCACGAACUCCUCAACCUCGAGCGCACGAAGCUGUCCGUGAUCUUAGAGACGCUGGACCGAGUCAACAAGGACUGGCAGACACUCUGCGUGAAGCUGAUGAACACUAGCUCCAAACUGGACGAGCUACAGGAACAGAGCGAGAAGUUCUACAACGUGCUGCGGAUCAUUACCACGUGGCUUAACACCACUGAGGUCACGCUCGUCUCCAUGGCAACCGUGUGCGUGGACCCGGAUGUGCUUGGACAACAGAUCACUCAACAGAAGGCUUUACAAGACGAAGCCGUGCAGUACAAAGCCCGCCUCGAUCUACUGAACGGCCUGGGCAAGGUGAUAAUCACUAUGUCCGGCCGUACCGACCACGCCCCCGCCCCCGGUACACACCCGAUCGAGCAGGACCUUGACGCUAUCCUUGCACGGUACGACGAGGUGUGGAAGAGCAUGGAGGCAAGGCGCUUCCUGCUGGAGACCACGUUGCUGCAGAUGGAGAGGUACCGACGACAGGUGAAGAGUGUCACCAUCUUUCUUAACAGAGCGGAGAAGAAGCAGAAGGAACAGGAUCCGGUGGGCUGCGACGCAGACACCAUACAAAAGCAGAUCUCGGAGCACAAGACACUGCAAAGAGACCUUCAGAAAGCACACGCAGACAUGGAGUCCCUACUGAAGUCUGGGAACGAGCUCAUGCAAGGCCGGGAGAGCGUUCCUGGGUCAGAGGAUGUUCGCGAGAAGAUGGAUCACCUGAAGUCGAGGCUUGAUCAUGUGACUGUGACGUCACUAGAGCGUCAGAAGGAGCUGGAGAGCACGUGGAGCGCGGUGAAGCACUUCACGGAGGCAGUCAGCGUCCUUGACAGGCGGCUCAAGAACAAGUUUGACGAGAUUGAUAUGCUCAUGAAGGCGGGCGCUGACUCCAUGGACGUGUACAAGGGGCUCAAGAGACUGGAGUCCGACCUAGAUCAGCUGACCUACCAGAUGACCACUGCGCGGGAGUCUGGGGACGACAUGAUACGACACCUCCACAGCACGCACCAGGACACCACGGCCGUUCGCGACAAACUCGACGACGUGAACACGAAAUGGAGCGACUUCCAGAAGAGGCUGAAAGAGCUGACCGAGUACUUGGCCACUAAGACUCAAAUUGCGCCGCAGGCCGGUGAAGAAGGAACAUCUACUGAACCUUCUCAACCGGAAGUACAGGAGGUCACAAACGCUGUCACGCUACAAGACCAACCGGUCACACAAUCUUUUGAACCAACUUCCGAAGAAGAGAAGGUGGAAGAGUAUGUUGACGAGUAUGGUCACGUGAUUAGGUGUAUCACAAGGCGCACUCUGGUCAUCAAGCGAUACAUAACAGACGACAAUGGACACAAGAAUGAUCUACCUGACAUGCCUCCUGAAGAAUUUCCCCCGAAUUCUGAAGUGCAUGAGUUUGUAGAUAAAAACGGACGAAUCGUGCGAAGGGUAAUUGUGCGCACUGUUAUUAAGACGUGCGUUAUUAAUGACGAGAAGGGGAGGCCUGUCAGUGAUCCUGAGGCACUUGACACAAGCGAUAUCCCACCGGGAUGCGAUAUCGAGGAACUGAUCGACGAGGAAGGCCGUACCGUCAAGAGAGUUGUGAAGCGACACAUACUUGUCCGAGUUUUUGUUUACAAUCACGAAGGACAGUUAGAGGAAAUUAAAAUCUCCCCUGAAGAACUGGCGGAGUUAUCUGAACCAUCCUGGAAGAAAAAGCCGCUAAAGAUGUCUAUCGCGUCUUCUAAGAUAGAUAAAGAGCCUGAUUCAGAAGCCGUCGGGGUCUCUUAUCCACUGGAAACAAUUGAACGGGAAAAGGAGUUCGUUGACGUGCAUGGACGAAUAAUAAAGACGAUUAUUACCCGGUCAGUCAUACGUACUUGGAUUGUUUUUGAUGAGAAAGGAAAUCAUGUACAAGAUACAAAUGCACCAGAGAGCGAGGAGCUUCCAACAGACUGUGAACUCGAGGAUGUGAGCGAUGAACAAGGUCGUGUAGUCAGAAGAAUAGUGAAGAGGUACAUAGUUGUCAAGGUGUUUAUAAUAAACCAUGAAGGACAGCUAGAGGAGAUCGAAAUUUCACCAGAAGAGAAAGCAGAGAUUUUGGAGUCUUCUCAAACCCAGACCACUAAGCCAUCUGUGAUAAGCCUUGAUGAGAAACCAUUGAAAAUGAAUGUCGUGGCGUCCAAAGCACCCUCUAAAGAAGUUGCGCCAGAAAAACGUGAACAACCCCAGCCUCUAUCACAGGCUAUCGAGGUUGACUUUCCUCUCGAAACAAGUGAACAGGAAAAACAGUUCGUUGACGUGCAGGGGCGAAUAAUAAAGACAAUUAUUACCCGGUCAGUCAUACGUACUUGGAUUGUUUUUGAUGAAGAAGGAAAUCCUGUACAAGAUACAAAUGCACCAGAGAGCGAGGGGGUCCCACCAGAAUGUGAACUCGAGGAUGUGAGCGAUGAACAAGGUCGUGUUGUCAGAAGAAUAGUUAAGAGGUACAUUGUUGUCAAGGUGUUUAUCAUCAACCAAAAAGGACAGCUAGAGGAGAUCGAAAUUUCACCAGAAGAGAAAGCAGAGAUUUUGGAGUCUCCUCAAACCCAGACCACUAAGCCAUCUGUGAUAAGCCUUGAUGAGAAACCAUUGAAAAUGAAUGUCGUGGCGUCCAAAACACCCUCUAAAGAAGUUGCGCCAGAAAAACGUGAACCACCACAGCCUCUAUCACAGGCUAUCGAGGUUGACUUCCCUCUCGAAACAAGUGAACAGGAAAAACAGUUCGUUGACGUGCAUGGACGAAUAAUUAAGACGAUUAUUACCCGGUCAGUCAUACGUACUUGGAUUGUUUUUGACGAGGAAGGAAAUCCUGUACAAGAUAAAAAUGCACCAGAGAGCGAGGAGCUUCCAACAGACUGUGAACUCGAGGAUGUGAGCGAUGAACAAGGUCGUGUAGUCAGAAGAAUAGUGAAGAGGUACAUAGUUGUCAAGGUGUUUAUAAUAAACCAUGAAGGACAGCUAGAGGAGAUCGAGGUUUCACCAGAAGAGAAAGCAGAGAUUUUGGAGUCUCCUCAAACCCAGACCACUAAGCCAUCUGUGAUAAGCCUUGAUGAGAAACCAUUGAAAAUGAAUGUCGUGGCGUCCAAAACACCCUCUAAAGAGGUUGCGCCAGAAAAACGUGAACAACCCCAGCCUCUAUCACAGGCUAUCGAGGUUGACUUUCCUCUCGAAACAAGUGAACAGGAAAAACAGUUCGUUGACGUGCAUGGGCGAAUAAUAAAGACAAUUAUUACCCGGUCAGUCAUACGUACUUGGAUUGUUUUUGAUGAAGAAGGAAAUCCUGUACAAGAUACAAAUGCACCAGAGAGCGAGGGGGUCCCACCAGAAUGUGAACUCGAGGAUGUGAGCGAUGAACAAGGUCGUGUUGUCAGAAGAAUAGUUAAGAGGUACAUUGUUGUCAAGGUGUUUAUCAUCAACCAAGAAGGACAGCUAGAGGAGAUCGAGGUUUCACCAGAAGAGAAAGCAGAGAUUUUGGAGUCUCCUCAAACCCAGACCACUAAGCCACCUGUGAUAGACCUUUAUGAGAAACCAUUAAAAUUAAGUGUCGCAGCUUCUAAAACACCGUCUAAAGAAGUUGCGCUAGAAAAACCUGAGCCAUCACCACCUGUGUCACAGGCUACCGAGGUUGACUUCCCUCUUGAAACAAUUGAACAGGAAAAACAGUUCGUUGACGUACAUGGACGAAUAAUUAAGACAAUUAUUACCCGGUCAGUAAUACGUACAUGGAUUGUUUUUGAUGAGGAAGGAAAUCCUGUACAAGAUACAAAUGCACCAGAGAGCGAGGAGCUUCCAACAGACUGUGAACUCGAGGAUGUGAGCGAUGAACAAGGUCAUGUAGUCAGAAGAAUAGUGAAGAGGUACAUUGUUGUCAAGGUGUUUAUCAUCAACCAAGAAGGACAGCUAGAGGAGAUCGAAAUUUCACCAGAAGAGAAAGCAGAGAUUUUGGAGUCUCCUCAAACCCAGACCACUAAGCCAUCUGUGAUAAGCCUUGAUGAGAAACCAUUGAAAAUGAAUGUCGUGGCGUCCAAAACACCCUCUAAAGAGGUUGCGCCAGAAAAACGUGAACAACCCCAGCCUCUAUCACAGGCUAUCGAGGUUGACUUUCCUCUCGAAACAAGUGAACAGGAAAAACAGUUCGUUGACGUGCAUGGGCGAAUAAUAAAGACAAUUAUUACCCGGUCAGUCAUACGUACUUGGAUUGUUUUUGAUGAAGAAGGAAAUCCUGUACAAGAUACAAAUGCACCAGAGAGCGAGGGGGUCCCACCAGAAUGUGAACUCGAGGAUGUGAGCGAUAAACAAGGUCGUGUUGUCAGAAGAAUAGUUAAGAGGUACAUUGUUGUCAAGGUGUUUAUCAUCAACCAAGAAGGACAGCUAGAGGAGAUCGAGGUUUCACCAGAAGAGAAAGCAGAGAUUUUGGAGUCUCCUCAAACCCAGACCACUAAGCCACCUGUGAUAGACCUUUAUGAGAAACCAUUAAAAUUAAGUGUCGCAGCUUCUAAAACACCGUCUAAAGAAGUUGCGCUAGAAAAACCUGAGCCAUCACCACCUGUGUCACAGGCUACCGAGGUUGACUUCCCUCUUGAAACAAUUGAACAGGAAAAACAGUUCGUUGACGUACAUGGACGAAUAAUUAAGACAAUUAUUACCCGGUCAGUAAUACGUACAUGGAUUGUUUUUGAUGAGGAAGGAAAUCCUGUACAAGAUACAAAUGCACCAGAGAGCGAGGAGCUUCCAACAGACUGUGAACUCGAGGAUGUGAGCAAUGAACAAGGUCAUGUAGUCAGAAGAAUAGUGAAGAGGUACAUUGUUGUCAAGGUGUUUAUCAUCAACCAAGAAGGACAGCUAGAGGAGAUCGAAAUUUCACCAGAAGAGAAAGCAGAGAUUUUGGAGUCUCCUCAAACCCAGACCACUAAGCCAUCUGUGAUAAGCCUUGAUGAGAAACCAUUGAAAAUGAAUGUCGUGGCGUCCAAAACACCCUCUAAAGAAGUUGCGCCAGAAAAACGUGAACCACCACAGCCUCUAUCACAGGCUAUCGAGGUUGACUUUCCUCUCGAAACAAGUGAACAGGAAAAACAGUUCGUUGACGUGCAUGGGCGAAUAAUAAAGACAAUUAUCACCCGGUCAGUCAUACGUACUUGGAUUGUUUUUGAUGAAGAAGGAAAUCCUGUACAAGAUACAAAUGCACCAGAGAGCGAGGAGCUUCCAACAGACUGUGAACUCGAGGAUGUGAGCGAUGAACAAGGUUGUGUAGUCAGAAGAAUAGUGAAGAGGUACAUUGUUAUCAAGGUGUUUAUCAUAAACCAUGAAGGACAGCUAGAGGAGAUCGAGGUUUCACCAGAAGAGAAAGCAGAGAUUUUGGAAUCUUCUCUUACUCAGACCACUGAGCCACCUGUGAUAGACCUUUAUGAGAAACCAUUAAAAUUAAGUGUCGCAGCUUCUAAAACACCGUCUAAAGAAGUUGCGCUAGAAAAACGUGAGCCAUCACCACCUGUGUCACAGGCUAUCGAGGUUGACUUCCCUCUUGAAACAAUUGAACAGGAAAGACAGUUCGUUGACGUGCAUGGACGAAUUAUUAAGACGAUUAUUACCCGGUCAGUCAUACGUACUUGGAUUGUUUUUGAUGAGAAAGGAAAUCAUGUACAAGAUAAAAAUGCACCAGAGAGCGAGGAGCUUCCAACAGACUGUGAACUCGAGGAUGUGAGCGAUGAACAAGGUCGUGUAGUCAGAAGAAUAGUAAAGAGGUACAUUGUUGUCAAGGUGUUUAUCAUCAACCAAGAAGGACAGCUAGAGGAGAUUGAUGUUUCGCCGGAGGAAAGAGAGACCCUUUUGCAAAUGGUAUCGACUGAUUUUGCUAAAACCCAGUCGACCACAGCGCCCACUGAAACACGAGAAGUGAAACAGACUUUCAACGUAAUGCCUGUUAAAAAGGCAGACCUGAAAGCAUUUGAUGUUUCAAUCCCGGAACAAUCUGUUGAAAGAGAAGGUUCGGAUCAGCAAUCCGUGGAGACUCGAGCUGAAGAGUUUACCGACCAGCAUGGCCGCAUUGUGAGGCAUGUAGUGACACGUGUAACAAUAUGCACAUGGGUUGUUGUAGACAAACAAGGUCGGCCAGUAAGUGAUCCCAAAGCACCAUCAUUGGACGAUAUCCCGCCUGAUUGCGUGGUAGAAGAGUACACGGACGACCUCGGGAGAACUGCACGGCGAAUUGUAAAGCGAACCAUCCAUAGACGAGUAUUUGUUCUUAAUAAACAUGGGCAGCAAACUGAAGUGGAAAUACCCCCAGAAAAAGACAUCAAGACAGGACCAUCCUUUGUUAUACGACCUGUUAGAAGAAGCGAACUUGAGCAGUUUAAUGUUGCACUACCUAAGAAACCUGUCUUGGAUCAGUCUAUUCCAACAGAAGAUAUUACUGUAGUGCCUAUUGGUGUUGAACACAGAAGUCGCCCGAUUGAAGGUGAUCCAAUAACUUCAACUGUGACUCCUUCAGAAAAACCUGAAUGCAAAAUUUUAUUUAAUCUCACACCAGUCAAAAAAAGCGAUUUGGAAGCCUUUCAAGUUGCCAAGCCUCAAGAGCGCGAGGUAAAAGAAAUACCGUCAGAAACGCAAUACGAGGAGUAUGUUGAAGAAACAGGACGCACUGUUCGAGAGCGAAGGACGGUUACAACAAAACGGACCGUUACGCAGGUGGUCAAGUCCCCUGGUAGUGUACCCCAACCAGGUGAUCAGACACUUAUGGGAGCGUUGGCCAGUGAUAUUGAUAUAGAAGGCGCAGAGGUUGAAGACUAUGUUGACGAGGAAGGGCGUAGAGUGCGACGACUCGUAAGGCGCACUGUAGUUACAAACGAGACGUUUACAAGCAAAUCCGUCCCCGCAAAAGCCGAUUCUAUGCCAGGGCAAAAACUGCAACCUUUUAGCAUUCAGCCUGUGAAAAAGAGUGAUCUAAGCACCUUCCAGAUAACACCUAUUUCCCAAAUACCCUCGUCGCUGACAGAAAAACUGCAGCCCGAGACGAAGUACGAGGAAUAUGUUGACGAACACGGCCAAAUUAUACGACGGACUACAAAAGUGAAGCACACUGCUGUGAAACAAGAACGAACCACUGUAACCAAGACUGUGACUCGUGAUGGUGUCACGACCCGCGAAGCGAAUGUGAUAGAAUCUCCACCAGAAGUAGAGUCAUCCACGCAGGUGUAUCGAGACGAAGAAACAUCGGUAAGGGACAUAAAACCUAUCAAGACUAAAGAAGACGUUUUCGAAUCCGCCGAGCCUGUGUUUCUGGUAAAGAAACCCGUAGACAGUGACAGAACGGGCAAACCUAUGGAAGGAAAGGCAACCCAACCUAACGAAACAAGUCAAAAUGUCAUCGAUGAAGACUCGCCAAAAGUCCUCGAAUCAGCUGAGCCUGUUUUCCUGCUGCAACUACCAAAAGACAACGACGAUAUUGAAGAGCCUAAUGUUGAAGAUGCACAGCCUGUGUCAACAAACGUUUUCGACGAUAUAGUACCUAUGGAAGUUGAAAGGAGGCCUGACCUCCCUGUCUGGCUUAUUGACAAACCCGAACAGGAUAAGCAGGAAGCAGUCAUUGAUGGCCAAUUUGAUUUAGAUAUUACCAUCAAAGGAAAACCAAAGAAGGAGGUUUCGGGAACACCUGUGCUCGAGGAAGUUGUUCCUAUGCAAGAAGACAAAAAGGUCAAUGUCAUUCUCUUUGAUGACCACGUUGUCGAACCUCAUACCACAGAGCGUAAAAGACAAGAACCUGCAGAGGAAAUUCUUUUUGAUUUCUCCGUUGUACCUCGAAAAAGAAAGACGCCAAGUGGCUCGCCCGUUGCCGAGGAAGAAUUCAAUUUCGAAACAGCCAUUAAAACUGAUUUUACUAUACGGUUUAAUGAUAGUACAGAGCAACCUAGUGCCGAACCUUCAGUGUCUGGGGUAGGUGAAGUGAGUACAGAAAGAUUGUCAUCAAAAGAAAGCGAGCCCGAGUCUGUUCCUCAUAAAGAACUUGGAAAGUCAAAGGUUGAAAAGACACCGGAAAAGAAAAAGGGAAAAGAAAAGGCUGAAGAUUCUGAAGAGUAUUACGAAGACACUGAAGAAAUCGUAGUAGUGAAAAUCAAGCGAAAAAAGCGAAUCCCUUCGUCAUUUAUCCCCUACGAUAAACCCAAAACUAUUGACAAGCCAAUAGAUGAUGUUUUCGAUUUCAAGAUCCAAACAAGACCUAAACCCAUUCUACAACGAGACGCUGAGGUGUCUGAGUUAAUUGUUCCUACCGAGUUCGUUGGUUCCUACUCUCUUCCUGACUUCGAGGGUUUAGACGCUGAAUCAAAGCCCAGUGAGCCUCAGCCUCCUCGCAUUUCCCAAGAUCUUAUACAGGAUGUCCGGUUGACUACACCUAAGCCCCCUCCUGACAUGGGUAUCUACAAUCCUGCGUUUGACAUGCUCGAUGAUGAAGGUCCCAUGAAUGGCAACCAGCCAGAUACUACAGAAGAUACUGCACAUCCGAGAAUGUCUACGUCGGUCAUUGCAGAAGAGGACGAGGAAGAAGCAGAUAAGCACAUAUAUGUACUCCCCAAAAAAACAUCAACUGAAGUACCUGAGCCUGCAAAACAUUUUAAAGAGGAGAUUCAAGACACGCAUGGCGAAGACGAUGAGGAAGUUGAAGAGUUCGUUGAAGUUGAUGGUAAACUUGUGAGACGCAUUGUGAGGCAUAUUUUCGCAAAGCCUGAAGGUGUCAAAGUCAUAGAUGGCGACGAGUUUGUUGAUGAGGAAAGGAUAAGAAAGGAUAAAGAGGAUCCUGAGGAAGAAUUUGAGGAGUUUGUUGACGAGGGAGGACGAGUUCUGAGGCGUAUUGUUAGGCGCACCGUUCCCACAAAAACCUUAACAACUAGGACCGUGACUAGUGACCAAGCUAGUCCCGAGGAAACGCCAACAGAAGAGGUCUUUUUGUCGGCUGAGCCCGUUGAAGGAACAGAAGUUCCCGAGGAGGGAGAUGUGGAGGAGUUCGUUGACGAGGAAGGGAGAAUUGUCCGAAGGAUUGUCAAAAGAACUGUUGUCACCAAACGCAUCGUACUACGUCCUGGUGAAGAUAUGCCGGAGACUGUCGAAAUGGUUAUUCCAAUGGAACAAGGAGAACUGAAGCCAGGCGAUAAAGACGAAGUAGUAGAGUUCGUUGAUGAAGAGGGCAGGAAAGUGCGUCGAAUUGUCAGAAGGGCCACAAGCACAAAGACAGUUGUGUUGGAUUCAAGAGAAACCCUGCCAAUUAACGUAAUGCCUGAUCAACCGAAACCGGAAGUUGAGUCUGCCGAGCCAGUUUCUCUCGAUAAAUUGCCUGUUGACAAGCCAGAUGAAAUGCAUCCAGAGGAUGAGACUAUAAGUGCGACAGAAACCGAGAGCAAGCCACAGCUACCAGAUUGGCUAGAACAAGUAAAGGACGAACCACACAAACCAGUCGAUUUUACUGAGGGUGAUGUUAGUGAACUCGAGGAAGGGGAAAAGCAAAUCCCCUCACAACCAACUGGAGUCCCCGUUUCCGAAGAUGUCGUGGCUUCAUCAGAGGAUAAAGAUGAACCACUGCCCGACUUUGAGGAUGUUAAGGAGCCUGAGGAAGAAUUUGAGGAGUUUGUUGACGAGGAAGGACGAGUUGUGAGGCGGCGUAUUGUUAGGCGCACCGUUACUACAAAGACCUUAACAACUAGAACCGUAACUAGUGACCAAGCUGGUCCCGAGGAAAUGCCAACAGAAGAGGUCCUUGAGUCGGCUGAGCCCGUUAAAGGAACAGAAGUUCUCGAGGAGGGAGAUGUGGAGGAGUUCGUUGACGAGGAAGGGAGAAUUGUCCGACGGAUUGUCAAAAGAACUGUUGUCACCAAACGCAUCGUACUACGUCCUGGUGAAGAUAUGCCUGAGACUGUCGAAAUGGCUAUUCCAAUGGAACAAGGGGAACUGAAGCCAGGCGAUGAAGACGAAGUAGAAGAGUUCGUUGAUGAAGAGGGCAGGAAAGUGCGUCGAAUUGUCAGAAGGACCACAAGCACAAAGACAGUUGUGUUGGAUUCAGGAGAAACCCUGCCAAUUAACGUAAUGCCUGAUCAACCGAAACCGGUAGUUGAGUCUGCCGAGCCAGUUUCUCUUGAUAAAUUGCCUGUUGACAAGCCAGAUGAAAUGCAUCCAGAGCAUGAGACUAUAAGUGCGACAGAAACCGAGAGCAAGCCACAGCUACCAGAUUGGCUAGAACAAGUAAAGGACGAACCACACAAACCAGUCGAUUUGACUGAAGGUGAUGUUAGUGAACCCGAGGAAAAGGAAAAGAAAACCCCCCCGAAACAAACUGGAGUCCCUGUUUCCGAAGAUGUCGUGGCUUCAUCUCGAGAUAGAACUGAACCGCUGCCCGACUUUGAGGAUGUUAAGGAGCCUGAGAAAGAAUUUGAGGAGUUUGUUGACGAGGAAGGACGAGUUGUGAGGCGGCGUAUUGUUGGGCGCACCGUUACUACAAAGACCUUAACAACUAGGACCGUAACUAUUGACCAAGCUGGUCCCGAGGAAACGCCAACAAAAGAGGUCCUUGAGUCGGCUGAGCCCGUUAAAGGAACAGAAGUUCCCGAGGAGGGAGAUGUGGAGGAGUUCGUUGACGAGAAAGGAAGAAUUGUCCGACGGAUUGUCAAAAGAACUGUUGUCACCAAACGCAUCGUACUACGUCCUGGUGAAGAUACGCCUGAGACUGUCGAAAUGGAUAUUUCGAUGGAACAAGGGGAACUGAAGCCAGGCGAUGAAGACGAAGUAGAAGAGUUCGUUGAUGAAGAGGGCAGGAAAGUGCGUCGAAUUGUCAGAAGGACCACAAGCACAAAGACAGUUGUGUUGGAUUCAGGAGAAACCCUGCCAAUUAACGUAAUGCCUGAUCAACCGAAACCGGUAGUUGAGUCUGCCGAGCCAGUUUAUCUUGAUAAAUUGCCAGUUGACAAGCCAGAUGAAAUGCAUCCAGAGGAUGAGACUAUAAGUGCGACAGAAACCGAGAGCAAGCCACAGCUACCAGAUUGGCUAGAACAAGUAAAGGAAGAACCACACAAACCAGUCGAUUUUACUGAGGGUGAUGUUAGUGAACCCGAGGAAGAAGAAAAGCAAACCCCCCCGAAACAAACUGGAGUCCCUGUUUCCGAAGAUGUCGUGGCUUCAUCUCGAGAUAGAACUGAACCGCUGCCCGACUUUGAGGAUGUUAAGGAGCCUGAGGAAGAAUUUGAGGAGUUUGUUGACGAGGAAGGACGAGUUGUGAGGCGUAUUGUUAGGCGCACCGUUACCACAAAGACCGUAACAACUAGGACCGUGACUAGUGACCAAGCUGGUCCCGAGGAAAUGCCAACAGAAGAGGCCUUUUUGUCGGCUGAGCCCGUUAAAGGAACAGAAGUUCCCGAGGAGGGAGAUGUGGAGGAGUUCGUUGACGAGAAAGGGAGAAUUGUCCGACGGAUUGUCAAAAGAACUGUUGUCACCAAACGCAUCGUACUACGUCCUGGUGAAGAUACGCCUGAGACUGUCGAAAUGGAUAUUUCGAUGGAACAAGGGGAACUGAAGCCAGGCGAUGAAGACGAAGUAGAAGAGAUCGUUGAUGAAGAGGGCAGGAAAGUGCGUCGAAUUGUCAGAAGGACCACAAGCACAAAGACAGUUGUGUUGGAUUCAGGAGAAACCCUGCCAAUUAACGUAAUGCCUGAUCAACCGAAACCGGUAGUUGAGUCUGCCGAGCCAGUUUCUCUUGAUAAAUUGCCUGUUGACAAGCCAGAUGAAAUGCAUCCAGAGGAUGAGACUAUAAGUGCGACAGAAACCGAGAGCAAGCCACAGCUACCAGAUUGGCUAGAACAAGUAAAGGAAGAACCACACAAACCAGUCGAUUUUACUGAGGGUGAUGUUAGUGAACCCGAGGAAGAAGAAAAGCAAACCCCCCCGAAACAAACUGGAGUCCCUGUUUCCGAAGAUGUCGUGGCUUCAUCUCGAGAUAGAACUGAACCGCUGCCCGACUUUGAGGAUGUUAAGGAGCCUGAGGAAGAAUUUGAGGAGUUUGUUGACGAGGAAGGACGAGUUGUGAGGCGUAUUGUUAGGCGCACCGUUACCACAAAGACCGUAACAACUAGGACCGUGACUAGUGACCAAGCUGGUCCCGAGGAAAUGCCAACAGAAGAGGCCUUUUUGUCGGCUGAGCCCAUUAAAGGAACAGAAGUUCCCGAGGAGGGAGAUGUGGAGGAGUUCGUUGACGAGAAAGGGAGAAUUGUCCGACGGAUUGUCAAAAGAACUGUUGUCACCAAACGCAUCGUACUACGUCCUGCUGAAGAUACGCCUGAGACUGUCGAAAUGGCUAUUCCAAUAGAACAAGGGGAACUGAAGCCAGGCGAUGAAGACGAAGUAGAAGAGUUUGUUGAUGAAGAGGGCAGGAAAGUGCGUCGAAUUGUCAGAAGGACCACAAGCACAAAGACAGUUGUGUUGGAUUCAGGAGAAACCCUGCCAAUUAACGUAAUGCCUGAUCAACCGAAACCGGUAGUUGAGUCUGCCGAGCCAGUUUCUCUUGAUAAAUUGCCUGUUGACAAGCCAGAUGAAAUGCAUCCAGAGGAUGAGACUAUAAGUGCGACAGAAACCGAGAGCAAGCCACAGCUACCAGAUUGGCUAGAACAAGUAAAGGACGAACCACACAAACCAGUCGAUUUUACUGAGGGUGAUGUUAGUGAACUCGAGGAAGGGGAAAAGCAAAUCCCCUCACAACCAACUGGAGUCCCCGUUUCCGAAGAUGUCGUGGCUUCAUCAGAGGAUAAAGAUGAACCGCUGCCCGACUUUGAGGAUGUUAAGGAGCCUGAGGAAGAAUUUGAGGAGUUUGUUGACGAGGAAGGACGAGUUGUGAGGCGGCGUAUUGUUAGGCGCACCGUUACUACAAAGACCUUAACAACUAGAACCGUAACUAGUGACCAAGCUGGUCCCGGGGAAAUGCCAACAGAAGAGGUCCUUGAGUCGGCUGAGCCCGUUAAAGGAACAGAAGUUCCCGAGGAGGGAGAUGUGGAGGAGUUCGUUGACGAGGAAGGGAGAAUUGUCCGACGGAUUGUCAAAAGAACUGUUGUCACCAAACGCAUCGUACUACGUCCUGGUGAAGAUAUGCCUGAGACUGUCGAAAUGGCUAUUCCAAUGGAACAAGGGGAACUGAAGCCAGGCGAUGAAGACGAAGUAGAAGAGUUCGUUGAUGAAGAGGGCAGGAAAGUGCGUCGAAUUGUCAGAAGGACCACAAGCACAAAGACAGUUGUGUUGGAUUCAGGAGAAACCCUGCCAAUUAACGUAAUGCCUGAUCAACCGAAACCGGUAGUUGAGUCUGCCGAGCCAGUUUCUCUUGAUAAAUUGCCUGUUGACAAGCCAGAUGAAAUGCAUCCAGAGCAUGAGACUAUAAGUGCGACAGAAACCGAGAGCAAGCCACAGCUACCAGAUUGGCUAGAACCAGUAAAGGACGAACCACACAAACCAGUCGAUUUUACUGAGGGUGAUGUUAGUGAACCCGAGGAAAAGGAAAAGAAAACCUCCCCGAAACAAACUGGAGUCCCUGUUUCCGAAGAUGUCGUGGCUUCAUCUCGAGAUAGAACUGAACCGCUGCCCGACUUUGAGGAUGUUAAGGAGCCUGAGGAAGAAUUUGAGGAGUUUGUUGACGAGGAAGGACGGGUUGUGAGGCGUAUUGUUAGGCGCACUGUUACCACAAAGACCUUAACAACUAGGACCGUAACUAGUGACCAAGCUGGUCCCGAGGAAAUGCCAACAAAAGAGGUCCUUGAGUCGGCUGAGCCCGUUAAAGGAACAGAAGUUCCCGAGGAGGGAGAUGUGGAGGAGUUCGUUGACGAGAAAGGGAGAAUUGUCCGACGGAUUGUCAAAAGAACUGUUGUCACCAAACGCAUCGUACUACGUCCUGGUGAAGAUACGCCUGAGACUGUCGAAAUGGAUAUUUCGAUGGAACAAGGGGAACUGAAGCCAGGCGAUGAAGACGAAGUAGAAGAGUUCGUUGAUGAAGAGGGCAGGAAAGUGCGUCGAAUUGUCAGAAGGACCACAAGCACAAAGACAGUUGUGUUGGAUUCAGGAGAAACCCUGCCAAUUAACGUAAUGCCUGAUCAACCGAAACCGGUAGUUGAGUCUGCCGAGCCAGUUUCUCUCGAUAAAUUGCCUGUUGACAAGCCAGAUGAAAUGCAUCCAGAGGAUGAGACUAUAAGUGCGACAGAAACCGAGGGCAAGCCACAGCUACCAGAUUGGCUAGAACAAGUAAAGGACGAACCACACAAACCAGUCGGUUUGACUGAGGGUGAUGUUAGUGAACCCGAGGAAGAGGAAAAGCAAACCCCCCCGAAACCAACUGGAGUCCCUGUUUCCGAAGAUGUCGUGGCUUCAUCAGAGGAUAAAGAUAAACCGCUGCCCGACAUUGAGGAUGUUAAGGAGCCUGAGGAAGAAUUUGAGGAGUUUGUUGACGAGGAAGGACGAGUUGUGAGGCGUAUUGUUAGGCGCACCGUUACCACAAAGACCGUAACAACUAGGACAGUGACUAGUGACCAAGCUGGUCCCGAGGAAAUGCCAACAGAAGAGGCCUUUUUGUCGGCUGAGCCCGUUGAAGGAACAGAAGUUCCCGAGGAGGGAGAUCUGGAGGAGUUCGUUGACGAGGAAGGGAGAAUUGUCCGACGGAUUGUCAAAAGAACUGUUGUCACCAAACGCAUCGUACUACGUCCUAGUGAAGAUACGCCUGAGACUGUCGAAAUGGCUAUUCCAAUAGAACAAGGGGAACUGAAGCCAGGCGAUGAAGACGAAGUAGAAGAGUUCGUUGAUGAAGAGGGCAGGAAAGUGCGUCGAAUUGUCAGAAGGACCACAAGCACAAAGACAGUUGUGUUGGAUUCAGGAGAAACCCUGCCAAUUAACGUAAUGCCUGAUCAACCGAAACCGGUAGUUGAGUCUGCCGAGCCAGUUUCUCUUGAUAAAUUGCCUGUUGACAAGCCAGAUGAAAUGCAUCCAGAGGAUGAGACUAUAAGUGCGACAGAAACCGAGAGCAAGCAACAGCUACCAGAUUGGCUAGAACCAGUAAAGGACGAACCACACAAACCAGUCGAUUUUACUGAGGGUGAUGUUAGUGAACUCGAGGAAGGGGAAAAGCAAAUCCCCUCACAACCAACUGGAGUCCCCGUUUUCGAAGAUGUCGUGGCUUCAUCAGAGGAUAAAGAUGAACCGCUGCCCGACUUUGAGGAUGUUAAGGAGCCUGAGGAAGAAUUUCAGGAGUUUGUUGACGAGGAAGGACGAGUUGUGAAGCGGCGUAUUGUUAGGCGCACCGUUACUACAAAGACCUUAACAACUAGAACCGUAACUAGUGACCAAGCUGGUCCCGAGGAAAUGCCAACAGAAGAGGUCCUUGAGUCGGCUGAGCCCGUUAAAGGAACAGAAGUUCCCGAGGAGGGAGAUGUGGAGGAGUUCGUUGACGAGGAAGGGAGAAUUAUCCGAAGGAUUGUCAAAAGAACUGUUGUCACCAAACGCAUCAUUGGUCCUAGAGCAGAGGACGGCUUUGACAUGAUUAUGCCACUUGAAGGUGUGUCCAUGACACCCGAACAAGGGGAUGAGCAGAUCGAGGAGUUUGUUGAUGACAAGGGAAGGACAGUAAGGCGGAUUGUUCAAACAACUACAUCCCAGAUUGUAAAGACUCAGUCAUACCCAGUAGACAAUAAAAAUGUGUGCGAAGCACCGAUCAAGAGUGUUAUUAGUGCACGUACUGUUCCGCUUGACAACACAAGAAAAGUUUCAGUAGAGAAAGUUGAUCCCCUCAAAGUUGCACUACCACCCAUUGUAUUCGAGUCUGGUGAGCCUGUUUACCUAGAGAAGGAACCGUUGAAAGAACAAUUAGAGGGGCAUCCUGAAAUGGUUGUUAGUACUGUUCAGGUUGACGCUUGCAGGCCGCAAACAGAAGAAAGAGUGGAUGAAUAUAUCGAUGAAAAAGGAAACUUAGUAAAGAAAAUCACCAAACAUUUUGUAAGCUCCAGGACCAUUCUGCACCAUCCAGUCUCCCAAGAAGACCAAGUCAGUCCUCCGGUUGAACUCACAAAGGAAGGUUGUGUUUUUGAGACGGCUCCCGCAGUCUCUCAUCCCGCUUCGUAUGUUGAUGAAGACGGACGCGUGUGGGCAACAAAGACUUCCCCCCUUUCACCUUCGUUCCAGGUCGAGACGUUUUUCAGGCCGGAGGACCAGCCUUUUAGCAUAAUGGAAAUCGAGAGGAGUGCAACGGACCCAGAAGAGUACGUGGAAGAGUUUGUGGAUGAGGAAGGUCGCCAAGUAAAAAGAGUAAUCAAGAAGUACGUUACCACUAAGACAAUUGUCAGAUCCAGGAAAGGCGACGGGGGAAAAAUGGAGAUUCUCCCUGAAGAGGAUGCAGAGAAAGAACAACAGAAAUUUCCUGAAGCAAGUACUGCUGCAAUUGUCGCAGAUGUUGAAACAAAGGUUUUCGAAGAGCCUCAGUCGCAAAUUAGGGCUGACGAGGUUUUGUUUAGCGGGUUGAAUAUAAACAGGAGCAAGCAGUUCUUCACUCAAACCACAAUCACUGAACACAUCCAGGUGAUAGAGGAGAUAUACCUUCUAGUGGUACAAAUGAGAUCUCAGAUUGUCUCGCACGCUGCCAGAUACCAGCAGUUCGAUUUCGUGCUUGAAGACCUCCUCCAGUGGCUACUCGACAUGGAGAAGCGUCUGACGUCAAUGCAGCCUGUCUCCUGGAGGCUGGAAGACCUGGUCGCUCAGCAACUCGCCAGCCAGAAACUCAACGACGAGUUCCAAGAACACAAGCCCAUCAUCGAGAAUUUCAACCACGUCUCAGACUCCUUGCUUCAGCACGCGGCCCCUGAAGACCGCGAAGGUCUUGAGCGAGAGGUUAACGGUGUGAAGGGAGCGGCGGCGGACGUAGAGAGGAGAUUGGCGGAGCGCGAAAAGACGGAGGAGAUGGUCCGCGAUCGAUCGAGAAGGUACGAUGACGCCAAGAAUGGCCUUGCGGAGGUCGUACAUGUGGUGGACCUGAAACUCGGAGAGCAACACGCAUACGGAGCCGAACCUGACGGAAUCCGCGCAGAGCUCAGACGCCUUGAGGUGCUUAAAGACAAACUCUACAAGGGCGCGGCAGCCGCAGAGUCCGCUGGCCAAAAUUUAUUGUCUCUAGAGGGACCGGACGCCGACCUGUCAGGAGUAGACGAGGAGCUGAGAGCUCUGAACGAGCGUGUGUCCGACCUCAAGGUCAGGCUGUCGGCCUUUGAGGAGCACUACCAGGAUCACUUGCAGCAAGCGGAGGCAUUCCAGGAUGCGGUCAGGCGAUUGCUGGACAGACUGGCCGCCAGGAAGGCCCUCCUGGACAGAGACGAAGUGGAUACCAGUGACAAGAAUGCCGUACGUUCACGGAUCGCCGAACUUGAGAAUCUUCAUCGCGAAAUGGAACAAGCGCGCCCGCUGUUAUCAACUGCCACUGCCAGUGGUGAAUGGUUAAUACAAAACGCGAAGAAGUCCAAAGCCACCCUUCCCGACGGUCGCCGGGAGAGUGAGGUUAUCCCAUCCGAGGUCGCUGACACACUCAACACUCUCGAGCGCAAUUUCCAGCAGUUGGAGGGAGCGAUAUGUGAGCAAAAGCGCUACCUCACCGAACUAACCAUAGAGCCAUCAGUCACGUGCGCAGAGCUGACCGAAUACAUCCGCGAGUUCACGGUCUGGCUGUGCACGGUCGAGGACCGAGUGGACCGGGCCGAGCCUGUUAGUCAUGACGUCAGUGCCCUGAAGGAGCAGCAGGAAGAAGUUCGUGCGAUCAAGACAGACGUGGAUGCCCACAAGCCCACCUACGAAACAAUCAACAAACAGUCUGAAGAUUUCCUGGAAAAGACUCGUCCAGGAGCUGAGCGGGACGAGAUAUCCCGACUCUACCACGAUAUCAAGCCGCGCUGGGAGACCAUCAACCUUCGCCUGAGCGCUCGUGAAGACCAGAUCGCAAGCGUGCAGCCCCUGGCUCUGGCCUAUGAGGAGGCCCUGAAUGACGUGGAGGGAGUAGUGAAGGGCGCCGAGACACACCUGUCUAACCUUGGCGACGCGCCCUCUGGCAAGCAGGAGCUCCACGCGCUCAACGGCGUAUUGAAUACUGUUGACAAGCAUCACCAGGAUCUGGAAAAGGCGAAUGCAAUCGCUGCUGAACUCGCUGCUAAACUGGACGAGCUGGAUGGUGAUUCCAGCGGCAUUAAGCGAAUACAGGACACAGCCAAUAAUCGUUACGAUAAGGUCAAGCGAGACCUAGAAAACAAGAAGCACCACCUCGAGUCCGACCAAAACGACAGGUUCAUCCGAGCCUUGGAUGCCGUGGCAACGGAAAUCAACAAGCUGGAUAGCGAGAUCCCGGAUGAUAGGCUGAAUGAAGACCCGGAUGAGCUGAGCCAGCAGCUGAGCAAACUAAACGCGGAGUACAUGUCCCUGUGCCAGCUGAAGACCAUGCUAGCAUCGCUACAGAACGCCGGCAUGGGCAUCAUCGAGAAGAAUAAGGACGAUCCUACAAUCGUGGAUGAGCUCACUCACAAGAUCCAAGAAGUAACCGAUCGAUAUGUGGCGGUGGAGCAGAAGCUUCGUGAUAGAGCAGCGCUAAUCCAGAAUGCGUUGUACAAGCGCCAGAACUUCCAGCAGGCACUAGAGGACUUUGAAACUUGGCUCGUUCAGACGGAGGAGAAAGUGACAACUCAGUCAAUGCUUUCAAUCAGGCCUGUGGUCAUCAAGAAACAGAGCAGCGAACAGCAGGAGCUGAUGGAAGAAAUUGAGUUACACGAGCCGAUCCACAAAGACCUCCAAACACGUGGUGUUACGGCAGCAAAAGAAGCGACAUCAAGAGCCGACCAAGAGAGUCUGGAGAACCGACUGAAAGACAUCGUGCAGCGCUGGCGUAACAUUAACAAGUUAGCGGGAGACCGUAGCAAAAAGCUGGAGAAGCUGCUACCUGUUGUGAUGAACUAUGUUCAGUAUAGGAAUAACUUACUGGCUUGGUUAAGUGCGGAUGAGAAGAGACUGCAGGAAUUAGCGCUCAAUGACGAGGUCAGCAAUAUGGACGUGCUGUCACAGAAGCAGGAAACCAUGAAGGAACUCCGUGCUGCGAUUGAGGACAACCGCGUGGUCUACCAGCAGCUCAUCUCAACCUCCGAAAUUCUGAUCAGCAUCUGUCACGAUUUUUUAAUCAACACGGACGCUGUGGUUGUUAUUGGCGACGUUGAGGAAAUCAAACGUCGGUUUGAGAAACACAGCGAAGCAGUUCGAGGGGGCGAAAAAGAGCUACGUAACUCGAACAAGACUAUGGCCAAGGUCCGUGAGGUGAUGGAGCCCAUGCAACAGGUGAUGAACGAGGCCGAGGGCAUCUUGGCACAGGAGCCCGCCUACGGUACAGAUAUAGGACAGGUCAAGGAGGAACUCGACAAAGUCAACAAAAUGCUGGACGUCCUUGAGACGACGGAGAUCAAACUUGUUCGGCUGUCUAAGCAAGUGACAAACAAUGAGUACAUCAUCACCAUUAUCAAGGACAACCGUGUCAUGCAGGUUCGUCUGAAGGAGCGCAAGGUCAAGCUGGAAAAAUACAUCCGCACGGUCGAGGUAUUCCAGGGCGCUGGCCGUGACGUAGAGGUCAAGGUCAUGGGGAUUAUGACGUUCGUGUCGGUCGAGAUUCUCGUCACGGAUGUUGAAAACAUCAAAGACCAGCUUCAGCACAUUCAGAACCUCGAGGAAGAAGUUGUCAUCCAUCGACGCAAAAUCGAGACCAUGGCAGAAACGGGAGAAUGGAUCAUCCGACAGAACAACGAUAAUGAAGAGGUGAUAAGCGAGGUGAAGUCAAGCAUCUCUAACGCGCGAAGCAGCGUGGAUGAGGUGUCUGUCCGUUUGAGGGACAGGCGGAGACGGCUAGAGACAGCGCUCACAGAGAAGGAGAGAGUUUAUGACACGCUCGGAAACUUCGAGAAGCGUGUGGUGAAGGUGGAUAAAAAGCUGCAUCGCGCCAAGCCAGUGUCUGCAGAGUACGUGGUGAUCAAAGAACAGCGCGUCUCACACGAGGUCGUUGUCAAGGAAGUGAGUCUCUUGAAUCCCAUCUCCAAAUACAUCUUCCCAGCGGCCCAAAACUUGAUCCUUGAAGCACCCCCUGGAGCUGAAAAGGACUCGCUUGAGAACCGGGUGUCUGCCACACAGACAUUAUGGGUAGAAGUGAAGGAGAAGUCUCAUGGCCGCCAUCAAGUCAUCGAGAGUGUGUUCCCAAGCGCGCAGAACUACGACGAUGCAUACAGAGCGCUCAUCAUCUGGAUGAAGGAUGCAGAGUCGCGGGUGAUCAACUUGAGUCCCGUGUCAUGUGACCAGGAUGCUCUGAACAAACAGAAGAAGGUUUUGCAGGAGAUGCAGCAGGAUGUCGAAGACCACAGCCCCGUGUAUCAGUUCUUCUUGACAUCUGCAGACGCGUUACGGGAUGCGUGCAGAAAAGCGAACAUCACGUGCGGACUACAGCCCAUCGAGAUGCUCAACUACGAGGUCAAUAACCGCUGGCAGGUCAUCGAGGAGGCUCUGGGAACCAAACAGAAGAAGCUGGACGCCACUCAGAAGCAGUUGCUGCGAUACGAAGAGGCGGCAGGUACCCUUGCAAAGCUGCUGGGACGAGCAGAGGAGGCGCUCCGAGACCAGACUAACGCGGGUACAGACCUAGAGCUAGCACGCGCAAACAGAGAUACACUAAAGACACUACUGUCAGCCUUGGAGAAUGCCAAAGAAGAUCUCGACAAUGUCAACAGUGAGGGAAACAACCUCGUCCAUAUGGCUGACUCUCAGCUUGUUAACGCAUCACCCAUCCAGGAGGAGCUCGCAGCACUAAACAGUCGCUUUGAUGCGGUGCGCCAGAACCUUGAGCGAGAAGAAGACAAGCUGGAAAAUGUUAUAAGUAACGCGGAGGACUUCGAGGGUGCUCUGAACACCUUUGAGUCGUGGCUGCCCGAGGCUAUGGCAUCCGUGCAAGGCUUUAAACCGAUCAGUGCCGAACCUGAUGAGCUCAAGAAACAGCUGGCGGAAGUAGAGGCGCUGCACGCCUCUCUUCUCGAGAAACGCCCGCUACUCGCCACUGCACACGACUCUGGUAACAAACUUGUCGCCGUGUGUGACGGGCCCAGAGUAGAAGACGAUGUAGCAGGCAAACUGCAGCCUUUCCAGGAAGCGUAUGACGCCCUUGUCGCGGUAGUAGCGGACCGUCUGGGUAAGCUGCAGCUGAUGCUGAUGCAGUCACAGAAGUUGGAGGAAGCUCUAGCGGAUGCUAUUCGCUGGCUUGAGGAGGUUGAGCGGCAGCAAGCCAAACAGCUACCCCCCAUACUCAGCAGCAGUAAGGUCAACAUGCAGAAGGCCGAACAAGAGUCUCUAUACCAAGGUAUUGUUGCCAAGCAACCUGUCAUAGAACACAUUGAGCGAAGCGGCGACACCAUUCUGGAAAGUAUGAACCCAGGCCCCGAACGUGACGUCCUCAAAUACAAACUUGCCGAUAUGACCCGACGAUACGCAGUCGUCAAGAGCAACGCCGCUGACCGCAAAGCGAUGCUCGAACAAGUGGUUCCCUUUGUUGAGCACUACCACAAUGCAUUGCAGCCAUUCGUGUCGUUCUUGGAGGAUUCCGAGGAGAGGCUGGAACGCCUUAAAGCUCCGCCCACAGACAAGGAGGAUGCCGCUGACCGAAGAUCAAGUAUUAAGGACUUUAAGGCUGUCGUCAAAUCACAGAGCAAGAACCAUAAGCUCGUGAACUCAACAGCGGCGGACCUCCUGGCCCACUGCAACUCGCUGCCAACCAAGAUCGACCAGACUCCAGUGUUCAAUGAAGUACAUCACGCCAAUGCACGGUACGAUAAGCUAGUCAGAGCAAACUUCACUCUGGAAACGCAGGCCCGAGUACUUGAACAAAGCCUGAAGCAGUACCAGCUGGCCUUAAAGCCCUGCCAGGAAUUCUUGCUCGAGCUUGAGAGCUACCUGGAAUCGGAGCCUAGCUUUGGCCUGGACGCAGGGAAGGGCAGAGAAGAACUCAAAACCAUUGAUGACUUGACAAGCUCCUUAGACUCUCACCGCGCCAACCUUGAGGUGAUGGAAGUUGCCACACCGCCAAAACUGGGACAGGCGCAGGAGCUGGACGAAGAGGUUGCCUCACUUGCGCAAAGCUUCGAUCUGAACGCUGGCAAGCUGAAGCGUGUGCGUGAUAGGGUGGACCAACAGGUGAAGAUGUGUGAUGAGUUCGCGCCGCUGCAUGAGGAGGUGGUCGGUUGGUUGGCAGAGAUGGAGCCAGUGGUUGAGAACAUGCGCCCUGUCAGCGAGGACGUACACGCUACAAGACAACAACUGCAGGAAAUCAGGGACAUAAAUGACCAGUUCCUGGCCACUCGUCCAAAGAUGGACAGAAUGGAUGAGAUCUGCGAAUGUGUAGCAGACAUCGAGAAGGACGACCCUGCUCUGGUCGCCACCAUACACGAUAAGAUUGAUGAGGUGGAGCAGCCGUACGAGCGACUCCACGCGCGUGUAACGAGGAGACUCGCGCGGCUCCAGAGCAUUCUCCAUCAAAGUCAGGACAUGCAGCUUAGCAUUGAUGAGUUGAAUAAUACGCUAGCGGAACUGGAGGGUCAUCUGGACGAACAGACGCCUGUCACUGCGAGCUACGAGACCGCGCUACAGCAAAAACAGGACCAUGAGGGCGUCUUCCUCCAGAUAGUUAUCCACGAGGUUAUCUUCAACGACGUCAUCGAACGCGUCAAAGAACAUUUACAGCAGGCCGAUCCCGGACCUCAACGGGACAAACUCUCGGACAGUUUGUCCGACCUUGAGACCCGCUGGAAAGAUGUCCUGCACAGAGCGUCCGAGAGGAAUGAUCAGCUUGAGGAGGUGGUACCGUUGGCGCAGAGGUACAUGGAAGCCGUGGCGGCUUUCCUGCCCCCCAUAGAUGAGAUGGAAGACAUUAUCGCCGAGUACGGAGAGGUCUUGUGCGAGAGGCACGCUCUUGGCAAGGAGCAGGCUUUGCUCAAGUUCUUACAGCAGUUCCUCCAAGAAGAUAUCGAGGGCUACCGUCCAGUCCACAAGACCCUUGUCGAUAGUGCUGACGAUUUGACUGAAGCCUGUCACUUAAAUGGAGUGACCGAAGGCGUGCCCAAGAUCGAGGAAGAUGUACAAUUCAUGGUUGAACGCUGGAACAAGAUCAACAAAUUCUACAAGAACCGUCGCCAGCAGGUAGAACUGGCGGAUGAGAAAGUGAAGAAAUAUCGUGGUCUUCUCCUUCCUCUGGAUACCCGUGUCAAGAAGGCCGAAAAGUCCCUGGAGGAGUCUGAGUAUGAGGGGAUUGAUGUCGAGGCUGGCAAGAAGGAACUGGAUACGAUGAAGGCAUUACAAGCUGAAGUCAAAUCCCUGGAGUCUGAGAUCCAAGACGUGGGACAGGAAGUGAACAAGGAGGAUUCUGACGCCAUCAACUACAUGCCCGUCAAACAGCGCGUCAAGGGCCUGGGAUCUAGAUGUGCUUCAUUACGACGUCAGCUGAGCGAUCGCGUGACAUGGCUUGAGCGUGUUGUCAAGGAGAUUGUCACGCUCGUGACUGUCACAGAGGAGAUUGUGGAGUACCUCAGCAUGGCCUACGAGAAGAUGGAGCAGCUUGAGCCGAUACACCAUGAUGCGGGUGUCAUCAAACAACAGAUGGACGAAGUCGAGACCUUCCGCGACGAAAUAUCAGUGCAGCAAACUUCACUCACGGCUGCCGAGCAGGCCGCUAAAAACAUCACCCUUCUCAAGAAAAACGACCCCAAGGGUGUGCGCAUGGUCAGCGAAAGGCUCAAUUCCACACGGACGCCGCUCAUCGAGCUGGCAGAGAAGCUGAAAGAGCGCCGGGCUAAGUUGCUGAGAGCUCAGGAGCAUCUCGAUGCAUACCGCACGCAGCUUCAGCCGGUGGAGGAAGUCUUCAUGCAGGCGGAAGAGGCCUUCGAGGCGCCUGUCGACUUAGAGAAGGGAGAGGGCGAGCUUGAAAAAGUCGAGGCCGCUAUUAAAGAGAUGGCUGACAGCGACAAACGCGUCCAUCUCAUACGCCGCUCAAGCCAACAGUUACUUCGCGUCAUGGAUGUCCAAUCACAGCCAGGCUCCAAGGUUCAGGCCGAGGUUGCUAAGGUAACACACACGCAACGUGGUCUGACGUCGAGCCUGAAGAAGAAGCAUUCUCAGCUUCAAAAGGGGCUACACGACUACACGAGGUUUAUGGAGAUCAUGGCCGAGCUAGACAAAUGGCUUCCAGGAGCCCGCGUGCGCGUAGAUGAAGUAUCUCCGGUCAGCGGAGAACCUGAGAAGAUUAAAAGUCAGAUUGAUGAGCUACGGGAAUUGAAUGAUGAAGUCCAAGAAAAAGCGGCUCUUUUGGAGCAAGCUAAGCAACUGUCAGAAAGCAUCAAAGAGCUUAGCAACGAGGACCAAGACAUCCAGCGCGAUAUGUCCGAUCGGCUGAGCAGGGUGGAGCCGCCGCUAGAAGAGCUGAUAGCCGCUCUUAACAGCAAGCAGAGCGAGCUACAGAGCGCACUGUUACAGAGCCAGGACAUAAGGGAGUCCCUAGACGACCUGAGCCGCUGGUUGGUCAGCGCCAGUAACCUGUAUAACCUGCUUGGCCCGGUUUCUGCGCGCUAUCCCAUCAUCGUGGAUCAGGAAGAAAAACUUGCUGACUUGAAGAAGCAACUGAAACAACAUUCCCCUGCGUAUGAUCAUGUCAUGGAUAAGGGGCGACAAAUACUCUCCACUCUCCCUCCCACGGGACGUGAGCAUGACAAGCUCACCCAGAAACUGAACGACACGGAGGCAGCCUGGAAAGCCUUGAACGACAAGGUGCAUCACCAUAGCAACCAGCUGGACUCAGUUAAACCCACUGCUGCCUCUUAUGAGAAGAAGAGCGAGCCGUUCCUGGCAUGGCUGAAGGACGCGGAGAAGCGACUGCAGGGUUGUGAGAAGAUACCAAGUGAUCAGGAGGAUGUACUGCAUUUGCAAGAAGCCCUUGAGCUUCUUCAAGAUGAGGUCCAAGCCUGCAAGCCCGACCUCCAGGCGAUCUCCGACACCUUCCGUACCCACGAAGGCGUUUGUAAGGACGCUGACGCCCGCAAUGACUUGCCACUCAUUGAAGACGAGGUCCAGUCUAUGACUGACCAAUACGAGGCCUUGCGGCGGGAUGUGGGUCGGCAGCUGGACCGGGUGGCCGAGGUACAAGAGGAGCUUGCUGGGUACCAGGAGGCGCUCCUUGCAGUGGAGGAGACCAUGCGCGAGGUAGAGGAAGUGGUGGCAGUGGAGUACGUCUUGGUACUUGAUGUACAACAAGCGCACGAGGAACUCAGCAAAGUCAAGAAAUGUGUCGCCGUGCUGGAUAGCCGGAAACCCACCCUCCAUACUUUGAAACAGCACGGGAAGGUUCUUGCUGAGAAGACAGGGAGCCCGGAUGUGUUGGACAAAGUGGAGGAGGCAGAGCAGAAGUACGACAGGUUGGCGAGCAAGGGGCAUGACCGGGUCAUUUUCAUGGAUAAGGUGGUGGAAUUCCUCGACUCGUACGACACCAACAUCACCAAAGUCGAGGAAGACAUUCCCCGACUGUCAUCCGUCAUAACCAGCCUUGAACCCGUUAGCACUGAAUCAGACAAGGUUCAGGAACAACUCUCGCAAACCACCGAUCUCCAAGAAGCCCUCGCCAGCGAUAAGACAUGCCUCGACACCGCCCAGGAAGCGGCGGAUUGGCUAGCAGGGAAUGCGAACCCGGAGGACGGUACAGAGCGCGAGCUGCAAGGUAGAAUCGGGCGUAGUAAGGAGCCUCUAGGCGAACUGAUGACUGCUGUGAGCGAUCGACUCAAUGAGCUGCAAUGCGGGCUCGUCAAGACUCAGGAGUUCCGAGCUGUGUCGGAGGACUUCCUUAUUUGGCUGAGCGCGGUGGAGGAGAAGCUUUCGGACGAGAGGCCUGUGGUAUCUAAUGUAGAGACCAUCCGGGACCUUAAACGCGAACAUCAGCCUAUCCACGAUGACAUACAAAAGCACGAGCCGGUGUUCAACGCCAUCAAGGAAGCUGCCGAUAAAAUCCUCACGACUUCUGAACCAGGCAAAGAGCGUAACAAAGUUGAGCAUCGUAUGGCGCAGUUACAGACACGCUGGGACAACCUACAGAAGGAUUCUUCCAACAGACAGAUGGUGCUGGAGAAAGUGGAGCCUCUUGCUCAGCAGUAUACCGCUGCAGUACGCGAGAUUGUGCCAUGGUUGAUGGUCGCCGAAAAGAAGCUCUCUUCUAUCAACUCCGUGCCUUGUAACAAAACCAGUCUGGAGUUCUUCGAGGAGUGCCUCCGAGACAUCGAACAUGACGUCGAGGAACAUGACGCAACUAGACGAACUCUGAACGACAUCGCGCGAUCCCUGAUCGAGCUAAACCCAAGCGAUAAAGACGCAGUUUCUCAGGAGAUUCGCUCCAUCAACAACCGUCUGAAUGCCCUGACAGAAGCUCUUCCCGCUAAAAAUAAACAGAUUGAGAAGAUGAAGGAGCUGCUGGCGAACUACCAAGAAAACCUGAUCAGCAUCGAGGAACUCAUCGUGGAAGGCGUGGUCUUAUGUGCGUUCAGCACGCCGCUCAUGGACAUGGAGAAGUUAUCAGAGGAACUGGAGCUCAUCACUGCUAUUCUUGUCACAUUCAGCGAGCAAGAACCUGUGCUGGAGGAGAUCGUUGACGUUGCCCAACAGCUCAUCGCCUUGCUUGACCGUACAUCACCUGACGUAACUGUCAUCGAACGACGAGUGGAGAAGAUGUUUGCGCGGUUUAGUGGCGUACGCGGCCGUCUUGAUAACCGCAAGAAUCAGCUCGGGAAACAUCUGGAGCACCUGCGAAGAUUCCAGGAGUGCAACGAGGAACUACAGACAUGGUUCACUGCCAUCAUACCGGUGAUGGAGUCCUUGGCGCCUGUAAGCACAGAGCCAGACAAUGUCCGCGUCCAGUUGCUAGAGGUAGAGGAGUUGAUCGAUGCCACCCAACUCAAGCGACAGGUGCUCACCACGUCCCAGCAGGCUGGGGAAUGGCUGAUGGAGUUUAACAAGGAGGACGAGUCGGUCACUGUGGAGGUCGUUUCCACUGUGAGCCGCGCCCAGGUGAAGAUGGACCGGAUCUUGAACACACUUGACGCACGCCGUGACCGUCUGCAGACGCUAAUACUGGAGUGCCAAGACAUCAAGGUCUCGUUAACAGACUUCGAGAAUGACAUGGCGGGAAUUGAGGAGGAGCUAGCGGGAAUGAGGCCCGUCUCUGCUGUGCACGACACUCUCAAGGAACAAGAGAGAGAGUUCAAGAUGCUCCAAGAAGAUAUCCGAGAGACAAAUGAUCUUGCGGGUGAGCUGAUCUCUCGCACAGAACAACUCAUCGAGGACGCCGAGUCCAGCCCUGAGCGCGACGCCCUUGAGCAACGCCUUCAAGACCUGAAGACCCGCUGGGCUGCUGUAAAAACUAAGAGUGAGGAUCGCGAGAAGGAGCUGGCCAAACACUCUCCUGUCUUGCACCGUUACUAUGGCACUGUAGACCCCUUUACCAGCUGGCUGACGGGAUUGGAUAAGAAGCUAGGCAAUCAGGAGCCAGUGUCUUGUAACUCUCGCACGGUGGAGCGACAGCUGGAGCAGGUUCGGGAUCUUCAACAGCAGGUCGAGGAGCACGGCUCACAGUACGAUAGCGUCAAGGAGCUUGCGGCGAACGUCAUCAGUAACGCCCCGGAUGACGUGUACGUGGUAGAGGCACAGGUCCAGUACUUGAACAAGCUGUGGGAAAGUGUCCGGUUACGACUGAGUGAUCGCGUGCGCCAGUCGGCAGAGGUUAAAGACUUGGCGGAGGAGUACGAGGAGGCUAUACUGCCUGUAAACGAGCUCUUUACUAGGGCCGAGGAUGGUCUUGUGCCUAUGGAGAUGGUUGGCUGUGAUGUCGAUAGAGCAAAGCAAGCAAUCGCUACUACCAAGAGUGCAAUCAGUGCCCUUGAGACGCACAAGCCCGACGUCCAACAUGCCGUCAAGAUCGGACAAAAUCUGAUCACUUCUGCGGAUAGUGAUUCACCAGAUGUGGCAUUACUUCGUAAGGAAGUCAGCCUCCUGUCUGGGACGCGUGUUGAGUUGAAAGAGCUUCUUGAGGAGCAGCAGGCCAAGCUUGAGCUGGUGGUCAAGUGUUGCGAGGUGUUCGAUAGCAAGAUGGCCGAGCUCGGUCUGUGGGUAACUGAGGCUUCAGAGACGACUUCGGUACAAGAACCGAUCAGCACGAAUCCGAGAGUCGUCAGUAAACGGCUCAAAGAUAUCGAGGCUACACAAGACGAGAUCGCCAAGAGGCAUAACACACUUGACAACAUGGAGCUAGUUGGUAGAGAUCUGAUCUUAGCUACAAACGAAAAUCCCUUCGUGGUGGCUGAGGUGCAGGGCAGGCUUACCAAAGUACGUGUGCAGAUUGAUCGGCUGGACGCGCGAAUGGAGCAGAGGCGAGAAAUCCUACAGACUAUCCUGCUACAAUUGCAGCUAUUUGAGGUUAGUCACGAUGAGUUCCAAAUCACCAUGGCAGAAAUGGAGGCCGAUCUCACCAACAUACAACCAAUAUCUGCUAUCUUCCCUAUCGUGGACGAACAGAAGGAUGACAUCCAAUACUACAUUCUCGCAACCAUUGCCAAGAAACAGCCAGUCUUCGACAAGCUAAUGGAGGAUGGCCGGGACAUGGCGGAGAGAAUGGAGCCUGGAGAAGAGAAAGACGAGCACGAGGCGAUUCUCAAAGCCACCGCUGACCGAUGGGGGGGGAUCAAAAAGAGCGCUUCGGACAUCGAUAAGAAAAUCGAUGAGGUUCACGAGGCAUCCGCCACGUUUGACAGGAAACGUGAGAAAUUCGAGAAGUGGCUAGACGAGGCUGAAAAGAAACUUGGUAAGAUCAAGCUCGUAUCGUGUAACCCCAACGAAGUUGACAGAGUGAUUGAACAACUUGGCAGUCUGCUGGAUGACGUGUACUGCCAUGAACCGCACUUUGAUGACGUCAGCGAUGCUGCCAAGGCUUUGAUUGACUGUUGCCAAGUUGACGGUGACGUCAUUAAGGCUAAGUUUGUGGAUUUGAAACACCGGUGGGAUGCCUUGAAUGAGAGCGUGCCUGCUAAGAAAUCUGAAGCUGAGAACAUCAAAGAAAACAUCGAGAAAUACAACAGCGCGUUCCAGCCCGUACGCGAAGCCUUUACACAGGCUGAGGAUCUUUUGUCAUUUAGCGAGCCCCUUGGUACUGAUGCUGACAAACUCCGAGAUGAGCUAGAGAGAGUCAAGGCUUUGGCGUCUACACUUGAAGAUCGAAAGGCAGAUGUGAAGCAAAUGAAUCAGUCGGGUAAGGAGCUUAUGGGAGUGGAAAACCAGUCAGUGACAGGGAUUAAAGAUGAGGUUGAUUCUGCGAACAAGAAAUCAAAGGAUAUCCCUAGAAGGCUCGCUGACAGGCAGAAGCAACUAGAGAAAGCCCUCAAGGAUGCCGAGAAAUUUGACGCUGUACUUGAGGAGAUUGAGAACUGGUUGCCUGCUGAACAGGAACUGGUCCAGAGCCUUCAGCCGAUAAGUAGCGAUCCCGAGAAGAUCAGAGCCCAGGUCAAAGAGACCGAUGAGAUAUUAGAGGAUGUAAAAGGCUACGUUGUCAGACUUGCUGAGCUGGAAACCACAGGCCAGCGGAUGAUCGAGGGUAAUGUCCAUGACCCUGAGACUGUGGCCGCUGUCCAAGAAAGCAUUGACAAGGUCAGGACACCAAUCGAAAAGUUGAAUGGAAAACUGGAACAAAGAAGCGCGAGACUUCAGGACGCGGGGCUGCAAUCCCAGGUAUUCCAAGACUCGUGUGACGACUUUAUCGCAAGGUUAGGUACCAUUGAAGACCAACUUGUGAGCGAAGCUCCCGUUUCUCCUGAAUAUUGCGAGACAAGGAAGCAGAAGGAAGAGAACGACGAUGUUCUAGACUCUAUACAACAACAAGAGCCAGUAUUUGUCAAACUUGUGAAGGCUGGGGAGAGGGUCUUAGAGAGUGUUGAACAAGGCGACGAGCAGAAGGCCUUAGUGAAGAAGCUCGAGGAUCUUAUAGAUCGCUGGAAUAGAGCAAAAGAUAAGGCAUCCGAGCGUAACGGGCUUCUGAAAUCCGUCAUUCCUGAUGCUAGAGCUUAUCAGACAACUCAACAGACCUUUGAGCCGUGGCUGUCUGACGCUGAAGAUAAGCUAAGUGAGCUUGGAGUAAAGUCCAGUGAGCCCGAGGACAUGGACAAGCAACUGCUGACGCUGUGGGAUCUCAAGGACGGCAUCGAGAAGCAUGUGCCUGAGUUUGAAGAGCUCAACAAAGCGGCAGUUUCUUUGAUAAAAAAAUGCCCAGAUAACAGUUAUUUCAUCCACGCGCAAGUCCAAGACACCAAUCGCCGAUGGAAUGCACUGCAGCGAGAUCUGGAAGACAAGGAAACCGAACUCAGUAAUGCUAAAGAUACAGCGGAAAAUCUACAAGAAGCAAUCAAAUGCGUAGAGGCGGCCGUUAACCAUGCUGAGAACUCUUUAGAGAUGUGCGAAACACCGAAGGUGGAUCAAGACAGCGUGAAAAAGAAUUUAGAGAACGUCACGUUGGCGUUUGAGAGUCUUGAAGAAUGUGAACCGCAAAAGAAAGAUGCUGAGAAGUGUGCGGAUGAUCUUCUUGCUAAGAUGGACGAUGACUCCACUGAUGCCACGGUGCUCAAACAACAAGUUGACAACCUUGGAGAGAGAUACUCACGUGUUAAGGAUAAAACAAGAUCGAAGAAGAAGCAGCUCGAAAAGGUCCUUAUCCUCGUGAUCGAGUUCGUGGAGAUUUACGAAGAGAUCACAAUCUGGAUUGAGGAGACUACUCCCGGAGUCGAUAACCUACCCGCAAUCAGCAGCAACCCUUAUGUCGCCAAGCAGCAACUCGAGUACGUAGAGCAGCUUCAAGAUGAAGUCAUGGCUAAGAGGCCCGUGGUUGAGAAAGCCGAGGAAAUCGGUCAGAGGCUAGUCGAGAGCUGUGAAAGUGACCCGGCAGUUUACAGCGAAGUGAACACCAAGCUCGCAAAGAUCAAGACGCCACUAGAUGCUAUUGAAGCGAAGGUGAACAAUCGUCAGGAAAAGCUACAACUUGCUGUGCUACAGACACAGGAAUUCCAGACUACGCUUGAUGACUUUACGGAGAAGCUGGCGAAGAUUGAGGACGACCUGGAACAUGUCGGGCCGGUAAGCGCUGUGUACGAUGUUGUGAAACGGCAGAAACACAAGGUCGAGGAGGCUAGAGACGACUGCAAACAGCUGGAGCCAGUGUUUGAAAAGGUAUCAAGCUGUGGAAAUGAUGUGCUCGAGUCUCUGGAAGCUGGAGAGGAGAAAGACGACCUGAAAGGAAAGCUUGAUGACAUGGAGCAACGAUGGAAGAGCGUAAAAGAGAAUUUUGAUGAGAAAAAAGAUCAGUUGGAUGAGGUUGUUCCUGUUGCGAAGGCCUAUCACGAUCUGUCGCAGAUGUUCCAGGAAUGGUUACAAAACGCGGAGAAAUAUCUCUCCACCUUAGACCCGAUCUCGUGCGAUGAGAAGAGCCUCGCCCGAGAAGAGAGAUCACUCGAAGGAAUCCUCGCUACCGCCGAGGACCACAAACCAAACUUGGAUUCACUCAACGACGCAGCAACCUCACUCGAUGCGUUGUGUGACAAUGCCGAGGUAACACAAGCCGAAGUGAAGGACAUAAACAAGCGUUGGGCAGCGGUGUUGGAGGGGAUGGCUGAUCGCAAGCAGCACCUUGCAGACGUCAGGGUUCUGUUGGCAGCGCUGAAGGCAACGGUGGAGCCUGUGGAAGAACUUUUGGACCAGGCGGCCCCAAUCCUGCAGGCGCCUGUCUCGUACGGUACUGACAUACCGACAACUGAGGAGGAGCUCCGGAAAAUCGAGGACUUGUUAAACCAGCUUGAAGAGCAGCGCCCCGGAGUAGACACGCUAGACGAUAACUUGGGCUCACUUAUGGAUGCAGUUGACAAGUCCCCGGAUGCAAGGCGAGUCAAAUUUGAAGUUGAUAUGGUGGAGGGGCGCUACAACGACGCGCUCGCCCAACUUAUGGACCGGAAGUACAACCUUGAGAACGAUGUGACUAACGCGAGACAAUUCAACGCCACGCUAGAAGAGCUAGACAACUGGAUACCGGAAGUGAAGGAGCGCGUUGCUAAGCAGCAGCCAAUCAGCACCGAACCCGAAACAGUGCGAAAACAGCUUGAGGAAGCGCAGCUGCUCAAAGAUGACAUCGCCAAACACAAUGCCAUCCUCGAGAUGGCUGAAAACGCCGGCCAGCAGCUGAUCUCCAGCAGUAAACAUGACCCUGCAGUUGUAGCAGACGUCUAUGGAAAGCUCAACAAGGUUAGGACUGCGCUGGACUCGCUUGCUGGAAAAGUCGACCAGAGGCAGGCACGCUUGCAGGGCGUACUCCUACAGAGCCAGGAAUUCCAAGUAUCCUUUGAGGACUUCUUGGAAAAGCUUGCUGGUGUGGAGGAGCAGAUUGCAAGGCUGGAGCCGGUCUCUGGGCUGCAUGAGACUGCUAAAGAACAAGCACAGGACCACAAGGCAAUUCGAGAAGCUGUUUCUCAACUGGAGCCAGUAAUUGCGCAAUUAUUAAAAACCGGGCAAGCCAUUCUUGACAGCUCCGAGCAUGGUCCAGACCGAGACGUGCUGGAACAGAAGCUACACGACACAACCGCACGGUGGAACAGCGUCAAAGACAAAACGAGCGUGCGGCACGCCCGCCUGGACAAGGUUGUACCACUUUCCAGGAAACACAAGUACGAGAGUCAGACAUUCAAACCCUGGCUGAGCGAUGCGGAGAAGAAAUUGCAAAGGGUUGACCCUGAAUCAUGUGACAAACCAACGCUCGAUAAACACCUAAGGACUCUAAAGGAGCUAGACGAUGAAGUGGAAGAUCGUAAGCCCGACUUGCAGACGUUAAAUGACACCACUGCGGACCUAAUAGAGAGCUGCGAAGCCGAUAAAUACAUCAUCGAAGGCGACGCCCAGGACUUCAACAAGCGCUAUGACAAACUAUCCGCUGGUAUUGAUCACCUGAAGAAGAAGGUUGAAGACACCAAGGCUGCCGUGGAUAAGUACGAAGAUGCACUAUCACCGGUGCAAAAAGCCUUGGAUGAUAUCGAGAAAGCUAUCUUGGCUCAUGAGCCGACUGGUAUUGACAAGGCGAAAGGCCAGGACGAAAUGGAGCGAAUCAAAGAACUAGAUGCAGCCUUACAAGAUCUUAAUUCUGAGGUGAAAAAAGUGGAGGAUGCUGCUGAUGAGGUGGUGACAGCGGUAGGAGAGAAGUCUCCGGCUGCAGACGAUGCUAGAAAGGAUGCUGACGGAGUAAGGCAGAAGUAUUCGGACUUGAAAGACAGUUUGGCCGAACUGAAGGAUAAGGUCGAUGAAGAGGUCGCCAUGUCGGACAAGUUCCAUGAUGCUUUGAGCGCCCUGGAGGAGUGGUUACCCAAGGUUCAGGAAGCUGUGUCUAAUCAACAACCAAUCAGUGGUGAUCCCGAGACUGUGAAGAAACAACUCCAAGAAGCAGAGAACAUUCGUGAUGACAUCAACAAAUAUAGGGGUCUGCUGGAUAAGCUGGAAGACACUGGUAGAGACAUCAUCGCCUCAAGUAAGGAAGACCCACGGGUUGUACGCGAAAUUCGUGGCGAGCUCAAUAGACUCACAGCGCCCAUGGAUGUUGUAGCGCGAAAAAAUGCCGAUAGACAGACAAAACUCCAGGGUGUGUUACUCCAGUGUCAGGAGCUCCAGGUCUCAUGCGACGACUUCAUGGACAAACUCCAUGACUUCGAAACGCAAGUCACCUCACAAGAACCCGUGUCUGCCAUUUUGGACAAGGUAAAAGAGCAAAAGUCUGAUAACGAGGCGUUACAAGACUCCCUUGCCCAACAGCAAGCAGUGAUCAAUAAACUAAUGCAGUCAGGAGAAUCGGUGCUUGAGAACUUGGAUGAUGACAACGAGAAACAAGCUCUACAGGAUAAGAUCAGUGAGUUAGAGGCAGGCUUUGAAAGCGCAAAGGAUAAAGCAGCCGAGAGACAAGGGAAACUAGAGAAGGUGGAGCCUGAGGCGCAACAGUUCCGCCAGGAGGCUGAUAUCAUCAGGGCCCUCAUAGAGGACGCAGAGAAGCAGGUACAUGCCUUUGAGCCCCUCUCCUCCGACCUUGCGCAGAUUGCAAAGCAGAGAGACCUCCUUGAGCAGAUCAAGGCAUCUGCAGACAAACUCGUGUCAGGAAUGACAGAGCUCGGGCAGACAGCAGACUCUCUGAAGGAUAAAGCAGAAGCUGAUGAAGACGUCAUCCAGGACGAGGUUGACGACCUGUUGCGUAAGAUCAAAGAGCUGACUGCCACUCUUAAUAAGAGGGAGGCGGAGCUUAGCGUCGUGGAGCAGGCGGCCGAGGAGUAUCAUGUCACAGUAGCGCACGUUGAAGACGUCUUUACGAGUGCUUAUGAUGCCGUAGACGCGCCAGCUGUGUUUGGUACCGACACGGACCACGCAGAGGAACAGCUUCACAAGAUUAAGGCGUUGCGUGACCAUCUAAACGAGAAACAAGGCGAUGUGGAUAAGCUUGGCCUAUCGGGCGACACUCUGCUACAGCACGUGCAUGACCACCCUGUCGUCUCCGACAAAGUGUCUGAUAUGUCAAGUCGCUAUGGAGAUUUGAAAGACAGGCUCCAAAUUCGAGAGGCUCAGCUCGGCGAAGAGAUCGCCAAAGCGCGCGAGUUCAACGACAAAGUGCGCGAAAUAGACGCAUUCCUAGAAAACGCGCGGGACGAGCUUGCGAGUGCGGGACGCAUCGGUACGGAUCCCGAAGUUGUUGCUUUACAAUUGAAGGCAAUUGAAGACCUGAAGUCAAAAAUCUGGGAACAGAAACCCAAAGUGGACGAUGCCCAAGAGUUGUGCGAUUGGCUGACCGACAAGAACAAGGACGAACCACUCGUAGCUGCCGGGAUUAAGGACAAGUUUGAUAAGGUAAAGCGUCCGUAUCACGACCUCGUGGCCAAAUUAUCGGACCUUGAAGGCAGGCUACAAGCGGCCCAGAUGAGAAGCCAGGAGUUCCAGCAAUCUUUCGAUGACUUCCGCGGCAGGCUGGACGAGAUGGAAGAGUUAUCAGCCAAGCAGAUGCCGGUAUCGGCCGUGUACGAAACUGUGAAGGACCAACAGAAAGCGGAUGAGAUUCUCUCGGCUAAGAUCAAGCAGCAAGAGCCUGGGUACGAGCAACUUAUGCGUAGUGGAGCUAACCUGCUGGAGACCGCUGACCCUGGGCCCGAGCGAGACGAGUUGGAGGCAAAACUAAACAACACAAAAGAACGCUGGGAGGAUAUCCAGCAGAAGGCCGUUGAUCAUCAGGAACGCAUCAACACAGCAGUACCAGAAGCUACGAAGUACAACGAAGCAGUAAAAACCUUGGUUCCUUGGUUAGAAGAGACAGAGGCUCAGCUUGCAGCAAUGGAACCUAUAACACCAGACACCAUGGCUUUAGACAAUCGGGCCGAAGUACUGGAAGAUAUACGAAAAGAUAUUGAUCGCCAGAAAGCCACCCGAGAUACUACCGAAGAAAAAUCAAAGGCUUUGAUAGGUGUAACGGAGGCAGAUAAAGAUGUCGUGGAAUCAGAGGCUUGUGAUGCAGUUGAGAGAUACGACAAGCUGAACGCUAAAUGUGCACUAGAAGAGCAGCAAACAAGUGACGUGAAAGAGGCAUUUGCUAAGUACGCUGACGGACUCGAGCCCUUGCGGGCACUUCUGGACAAGGCAGAGCCCGUACUUGGGUCCUUAGAGCCAGUCAGCGGUGAUGUGAACAAGAACAAGGAGGAGCUAGAGAACGUCAAGAAACUUAAAGAAGAACUCGAAGGAGCCAAAGACAAGCUGAACUCUCUGAAUGAUGCGGAGCGAGUUCUUGAGGACGCACUGACCAGCGUCUCUGGAGACCCCUCUACUGUUCAAGAAGAACUGGCAGCUGUCACUCAAAAGUAUCAUGACCUAUUAAAUAUCGCCAAUGCCCGAGAGGAGGAGCUUGAGAAAGCUGUGAGCCAAGGUGGCAAGUUGCGAGACAUGUUACACAAGGUCGAGGUCUGGAUCGAGGUGACCGAGGAGAUAGUGGAGGUCUGGGAACCAGUAAAGACUGACCCAGAUGUCGCCAGAAAGCAGUUAGAUGCCGCAAAGGAAAUAGAAAAAGGUGUGUCCGAUCAAAAAGAAGACCUCGAGAAAGCUAAACUCAUAUCAGAGGAAGUUGUGGCGACCACCAAAGAUCCAGUCCAAGCUGCUGAUAUAGAGUCGCAACUCGCCAAACUCGACAACUCGCUCGAUGAACUCGCCGACAAGGUGAACAGCAGGAAGAGAGCUCUGGAGGCGAUUAUCUCACAAGGCGAUGCAUUUGAAGGCGCUUGUGACGAGUUCCUACGAUGGUUGACUAAAACAGAGCGUGCACAUGCGCAACUGAGACCGAUUUCCGCCGACCUGGACACUCUCAAAUAUCAGAAGACGGAACACGAGCCCAUGCAGCAAGAAAUACUUAACAACGAACCUUCAUAUGCUGCCUUGAUGAAGGCGGGUGAAAGUCUCAAGGAGGCAAGCCAAUCAGCAGAGGAACAAGAUAAUCUAGACGAGAAAGUCGCUGACAUCUCACGGCGCUGGGACGAGCUGAAGUCGAAAUCCAAUGAACGAAGCUCUCUCCUGGAUGAUGCCAUCUCUGCAGUAGCCGAGUUCCAGAACCUGCGCGACAAGUUUGUGCCAUGGCUUGCGGAGGCUGAGAAGAAAUCUGAGGACUUGAAAUUAAGUUGUGAGCCGAGGGAACUGGAUGAGCAGUCGGAGAAGCUCAUAAUUCUCAAAGAAGAUGUCAAGAACCACGAGCACGAUUGUGAGAAGCUCAACGGAGCUGCGCAAAGGGUCAUAACAAUCUGCAUUGAGGAGGUCACAGUCAUUGAAGAGGAAAUUCAGAUCAUUGUAGAGCGUUAUGGAAAAUUAGAUAAGCAGCUACAAGACAAAACAGUCAGAGCAGAGGGCCUACAAGAUCAGCUAAUGAAUUUUAAUACUGCCCUUAAGCCUGUCGAGGAGAAGCUAUUCAAGAUUGAGAGCGCAGUCGAAGAUGAGGCCUCGCCUGUGUGCGAUCUUGAUAAGGCAAAGGAGCAGCUUGAAGCGCUGGAUGGUCUGGCUGAAGAGCUCUCACAGCUCCUGCCAAGCGUGGGCGACACAUCUCAGGCAGGCCAUUCCAUCGUGGAUGGUAAUCCGGACGUCAAUACCGCGCCUGUUCAACGUGAGGCUGAUGCCUUACAAGAGCGAUAUGACGCCCUGAAGGCGAGGAUUUCGGACAAGAGAGACAAGGCGGCUGUCCUAGUAGCUGGCCUGGAGCAAUACUGGGACAAGGAGAAGGAGCUUGGUCAAGAAAUGCAGGGCGUUCGUGAGGGUCUGGAUGAGAACAGACCCAGUGUGAUGGACCUUGAUACACUCAAGGCUCAACUCGAAAAGACCAAGAAACUCAAGGACAACCUAGAGGGAUUAACCCCGGCAUAUGACGACGUAACAGCCCUCGCCCAGGACAUGAUUAACGCGGGACUUGGGUCUGAUCCAGCCAUGGUUAAGCAGAUAGCGAGCACGGAUAAGGAUUGGCGCGAAUUAGGCGACUGUGCUGCCAAACAGGUCCAGGGCUUGGAGGCUGUUGUGGAGCAGAUGGGUAAACUGCAGGAAUCACUAAAGAACACGGACGAGGCAAUUAGUACGGUGGAGAAGAAGGCCGAUAAGCUUUCGCCGGUUGGCACUGAUGUUGAAACUAUCGAGCAGCAAAUGGACGAUCUAAAGGAGUUGCAGAAAGAGGUUGAAGAUAUCGAUGAGCUCAUCGCUGAUCUUAACGACCAGAAAUACCGCGUGGCACUGCAAAACCCGACUGCCGAUACUUCUGCUAUAGACAACACCAUCGCUGAGCUAAGCCAGCGGUUGGCUGUUGCUAAGCAUGCGCUAGUGGAGCGCCAGAGCAGGCUCGAGCAGGCGCUCCUUCAGUUCGGCAAGUUCAACGAUGCGAUGCAGUCACUACUGGAUUGGCUUGCAGAGACGAGAGAGCACAUCGAAAACCAAGGCACUGUGUCGGCGGCGGAACCAAAGGUUGUCAGAGCACAGCUUCAAGAACAAAAGCUGUUUAUGAAGAUGAUCGCUGACCGCAAGCCCACAGUGGAGUCGGUCCAAGAGACUGGGCGUGAGAUCCUUAAGACCGCAGACGACGACAAGCGCCCUGAGAUUGAGAUCGGGCUUGCUGAUAUCAACUCCCAGUGGGUAGACCUGAACGAGCUGGCAGACGCGAGGCAGAAACAGCUGGAAGACGCGCUCGCGGCCGCACAGAAGUUCGAUAACCUGUACAAAGACGCGUCCCAAAAGAUCGCGGACACGGAGGAACGGUUGAAGGUAGAAGAGUUGGACGCUGCAAAGGCCCAACCUGACGAGAUUAAGGCGCAGCUCGAUAAGCUACAGGAACUGUGCAAAGAGAUAGAUGCCAUCGAGCCGGUAAUGCAAGCGUCUCUUUCUGCGGGUAACGAGUUGAUCCCUCACUGCGACGAGGACGACCGAGACAUUGUCAACAUGAAGAUGGACAAGCUAAAGGACAAGUACCGCGCACUGGCGCGAGCCUCCAGGGACAAGCACGCCAAGCUGACCGAGGCUGCCAACCUGUCUGACAGGUUCUUCACUGAACAGGACAACCUGCUCAACUGGUUUGACGACAUGAAGGGGAAACUAGAAGAUGCGAGGGCUGAGGAUCAAGAAGCUGAGGACGAACAGAAGAAGCUAAAGGACCUUCAGCAAGAGAUUUCAAAUAAGCAACCCUCCAUCAAAUUCCACAUGCAGACGGUUGACGCGCUGAAGAAACUCCUCGCUGAAGACGAGAAGCCCAAGGUGGCCAGCGCUUCCGAGGAGGUGCACGAGAAAUGGAAAGCUCUGUCCGCGGACGUGGAGAACUUGGCCAAGAGCAUGUUCAGCGCUCAGGAGAGAGUAGAAGCGUUUAAUCUUCGUCUGGAAGAGAUGAAGGUCUGGCUGAAGGAGACGGAGGAGAAGCUGGAGGCGUUUGAGCCUGUUGGUGUUGAGCCUGAGAAUGUCAAGAAGCAGCUUUCUGACCAUACGCCUUUUAACACCGACGUUGCCUCCCAUGAGAAGCCUGUCCACGCGAUUUGCGAAACUGGCGAAACCCUGAUGAUCGCCCUCCGAGACGACGAGCAGAAACCUCUCAAAGAACAACUCGAUGACAUCAAACAGCGCUACAAAGAUAUCAGCGGUAAAACCACAGCCAGACAGGCGCAACUUGUGGAAGCGUUACUUCUAUCGCAGCAGUUCCGUGACAUCCACAAGGAAUGCGUGACGUGGCUGUCACGCUGCGAGGAGAGUUUGAAGAAGUUGGAAGAUGAGAGUCAAUCGUCCGAGCUUCAACAGGAGAGAAUUCGGACUAUCCAAGAAGGAAUUGCCGCCCUCAAAAGCCUCAUCGGGAACCUCGAGGACACGGGCCAUGACUUGACAGCUCUAAGCGGGCCGGGCGAGGCGUCUGACUCGGUGGACGGUAAAGUAUCGGAAUGCCUAGAGCGCUACGAUCGCUUGUGCAAGCUGACGGAGGAGAGAGGAAUCAAGAUCGGCAUCACGGUGCAGCAAGAGGAGAACAUCAUGGUAAGGCUGGAGGAGCUGAUGGCGGCCUUGGAGAAGAGGAAGGAAGACCACGGCAAUGUCGAGCCGUGCGCGGUAGAGGCUGAAUCCAUCCGCGAACAGAUCGAGGCAUUCAAGGCUGUACAAUCGGAGUUUGGCCCCGACAAGGAUUCCGUCGAGGAAGUCAAGAGCACGGUCGAGUCCCUAGUCGCGCUCAGCCCAGACUCCAAGACAUCGCUCCUCAUCAAGGAUAAACUUGUUAAAGUGACCGUUCUAUGUGUGGAGGUGGUGGAGCUAUAUGAUGAGCGGCAGAAGGCGCUGGACAGAAGCUUGAAUGCGGCCGAAGUCUUCUGGCCUGUUCUCCUUGAGCUGAAGGCUGCGCUAAAAGACGUUCAGGACAGAAUGGAGCUUGAAGACCUUCCGUCUGCUGACCUGGAGGCGCUGGCGGAGCAGCAGGCUGAUCACGACGAGCUUCGUAAAGAGCUGGACGGCCACACACCCCGUGUGACGUCACUCUGUGAGGCAAGCCCUGCACUGGUGGAGAACUGUAGCCCAGGAGAUCGUGCGCAUGUCCAGAGCGAGCUAAAUGCCGUCACAGAACAGUGGGAAGGCAUCGAGAAAGGGUGGCAAAAACGCAGAGGCGAACUUAUUGAGGUGAAGGUGACCUCGGAGCAGUACCACAAGUUGUUUGAGGUCAUCCUGGUCUGGCUGGACGAGCUGGAACUAAAGUUGAGCGAGGUGCCGCCGGUUGGUACUGAACUGGCCACUGUCCAGGAACAACUGAAGCUGCACAAGGCGUUCCAUGCUGAGUUGACCCCUCACCAAAGCGAGAUAACUCAGAUCAACCAACUGGGCUCCACCGUGGGCGAGAGGUGUCGACACGAAGACUCCGACCUGGUGCACGCCCAGCUGGAAGAGGUGAACCACCGAUGGGAUGAGCUCUGUAAUCACUCCACUGGCCGCCAACAGAAGCUAGAGGAAGCUUUGCUGCAGUUGGGACAAUUCCAGCUCGCAUUCCAGGAGCUGCUGGUGUGGCUACGGCAGACUGAUAGCACACUUGACGAGCAGCUAGCCAAGAAGGUGCAGGGAGAUGUCAAGUACAUUGAGAUAGAGCUUGCUAAACACAAGAUCUUGCAGAAUGACAUACUCUCGCACGAGCCUUCAGUCGAUUCCUUAUCUCGUGCCGCGUCCGCGCUCCUGGAAUCCGGCGAGACGGACAGCACGGCGCUGGAAGGAAAAGUCCAGGAACUGAAAACCACGUGGGACGCAGUACUUGCCAAGUCAGCACAGCGCCAGGCAGAGCUCGAGAAGGCUCUCAAGGACUCGCACAGCUUCAUGAGCCAAAUCAAGGAGCUACGAGGGUGGUUGAACGAAGCGAGUGAGUUCCUGAAAUCACGAAGAGCCAUCGGGGGACGUCCUGAGAACGCUACCAAGCAGCUUAACAAGCACAAGGAUUUCAUGGUUGUCAUAGAAACACGUCAAAAGAUUUACGUGCAAAUCGUCGAAGUUGUAGAAAACUUGAUUGACACCGCUGACCCUACUACUGCAGCGAGCCUGCAGCGUCAGCUCGACGAACUCAAGACCUCAUGGGAACAGGUGACAUCAUGCGCCGCGGAAGAGAGCGAGAAGCUUGAGCAGGCGCUGACCAAUGCCACCAGUCUGGAGGCCCAGACUAGCGAUAUGGACCAAUGGCUGACUCGCGUUGAUGGAGUCGUAUCUGUGUACGAAAGGCCGAGCACUAUUCUUGUCGUCCUUGAGACUCAGAGAGAAGAGUACAAGGAGCUGAAAGAGGAUAUCGAUGCGCACCGGGACCCGUACAAGGGCAUGAGGCUUCUUGCACACAAGAUCUCGGACGUGUGCAUCAAGGAGGACGGGGUGUACAUAGAGGGGGUCAUGUCCGGCCUGGAAGAGCGCUGGAAGGAACUGCUCACUACAUCAUCUGCGAGGAAGAGGUCCUUGGAUGAGAACUACCGCAUGUCUAGCAAGUUCUUUGGUGGCGUGGAGGACUUGAUGAAGAUGCUGGAUGCCGCCGAAGAGGCGUUGAAGAACGAGGAACCGAUUGGAGUAGAUCCGGCUCAUCUCCGCACACAGCUCAAGAAACACAAGGAGUUCCAGACGAUGCUAGGAGCUAACCAAGCUGGCCUUGACGCAACCGUGAAGAUGGGCAAACAGCUGAUGGACCGCAGCUUGGACGAGGACGCUAUUACUAUUGAGGGCAAGAUUGCCGACCUUAAAGCACGCUGGGACGCCGUAUGUGGGCUCUCUGUGGAGAGACAACAGAAGCUCGAAGAAGCUCUGCUCUUCACUGGCAUGUUCCAGGAUGCUUUGCAGUCCCUGCUGGACUGGCUGUUCGCGGUGGAGCCCAGUCUCUCGACCGAGACGGCCGUCAUGGGUGACCCUGAGACCGUGCAGAUUCUUAUUGAUAACCACAAGACGUUCCAGCGCGAGUUAGGCCGGCGUGAAGCCAAUUACCAGUCAGUGAUGAAGGCGGGACGCGCCAUGAUCAACGAGAACAAAGUCGAGGAGCCCGCCGCUCUGGAGGAGAAACUGGCCGAUCUACGCAUGCGCUGGGACGCAGUGUACGCCAUGUCGAACACCAAGCAAGACCGACUGGAAAACGCGCUCGUCCUGGCCAAGGAGUUCGACUCGUCAGUCAAGACGGAGCUUCACAUCCUCAAGCAGUUCGAGGAAAACUUGCGAGAGCUUGGACCUAUUGCCGAGGACUUAGAGGAGAUAAAAGAACAAAUGGAAAAACAUCGGGUGUUCAACGACGAGUUGAAGCAGGAGGAGGUGAACGUGCAAUCCGCCGUGAAGAAGGGUCAGGUCAUUCUGCGAUUCUGUCAUCCGAGCGCGAUCCAGAUUAUCCAACAAUGGCUGGCGAGACUCAAGAAGCGAUGGGACGAGGUGUGGAAGUGGUCCUCCCAGCGCCUUAUGCGGCUCGAGGAGGAGCUUCGUAAGCUAGCAGAGGAGGACGAGUUGAUGGGUGAGCUGCUGCGCUGGAUUCAGACCAAGGAGGAGGCUCUUGCAGAGAAGGAGAAGGAGCCGAUACCUGACGACGAUUAUGAGGAGGUCCACAGACUCUUGGAGGAGCACAAGGUUUUCCAAGAAGAGAUGGCUAAGAAACAACCCAGCUAUGACCGGCUCACAAAAUCCGCCAAACGACGAACCAACGGGUCUACCACGCGCACACCGGAAGUGAAAGCCACACCAUCCCGUCGCGGGGGCGCUGUUAGUCGAAUCCCGCGAAGUAGCCCUGCGGGCAGUCCCGCGACUAGCUUUACCCGCGAACGGUCCCGCGACAAACUCUCGGGUCCCGCAGCCGCUACACUAACCAGGGAGCGCUCGCCGUCAUUCACUCGAUCAGGAUCGGCCCAUAACCCCGCCGUGUCUCACCUAUCCAAGCGAUGGCAGCACCUGUGGCUGCUUUCCAUGGAGAGACUCCGUAGGCUUCAGGAGAAGCUCGAGCGAAUCGCUAUCAAACGUGCUUCUGCGAAGUUCAAUUUCCCAGAAUGGAAGUCGCGGUUCAAUAAGUGGCUGCAUGACAGCAAGUCCCGUGUGCAGGACAUCUUCCGUCGCAUGGACCAUGACCGUGACGGCAAAUUGACGAGAGAACAGUUCAUCACCGGAGUCCUCAACACCAGUUUCCCAACGGAACGCUGGGAGAUGGAGAUCGUGGCGAGCAAGUUCGAGCGCAAUGGACUCAUAGACUACAAGGAGUUUAUGAACGCCCUCAAGGACAAACCAUCGGCUAAAAAGCCGGAGAAGCCAAAGACGGAUGCGCAGAAGAUUCAUAACGAGAUCGACCGCCAAGUUGAACACUGCUGCUGCGCAAAACAAUUCUCGUACUUCAAAGUCGGAGAGAAUAAAUACCGGUUUGGGGACUCGCAGAAGCUGCGUCUGCUGCGUAUCUUGCGCAGUACCGUGAUGGUGCGCGUGGGUGGCGGCUGGGAGACUCUGCAGGAGUUCCUUGAGAAAAACGACCCGUGUCGAGCGGAGGGUCGUACAAACUUGGAUCUUAGGGCCCAGCUGGUUGGAGAUGCUGGCUUUGCAGAGAGCAUGGCCACCUUCAAGAGCAAGCGUCCAUCUUUAUCCCGGGAAGGCUCCGACAUUGGUGGUAAGCCAACACGAGAGUCAUCAGGGACUUCACUACGAGGCAAACCACCAUCAGGGGCUCGCCCUAAGACCAGUACCAGCUCUGGGCUGACUGUCCCUAGCGUCCGGCGGGAGAAGUCAGGGGAGUUGCUCUCCCCUCGUGCUCCAAGCAUUGCCAAAGCUAGAAGUGGCAGCAAUCUAAGGGCGCAGGCCAAAUCACCAACACCAGGAAUGAGGAAGACUGGUAGUUACGGUGCACUCAAGGAUGCCAAGGUUGUAUCUCGCAGUGACAGCCAGUCAUCCAUUGGAAGCACAGGCUCAAGAGAAGGAGAACCAGAGGGUACUUCGCCUUCAUCUGAAUCUCGUAUACCUGUUGGCAGAACUACCAAAGCACCCACUACGAAGCCUGCAUCUAAAACAACAACUACAAGACCAGGUACGAAGGCUGGUGCUGCUGCUACAGCUAAACCACCUACUGCUGCAGCAAGUGCAGCAGCUAAAAUACCUGCCAAGACAACAGCUAAGAAGACCAGUACUACAACCACGACCAAGCCCAAACCUAGGUCUAGCAAGUAGAAUAGCUUAGUAAGAAAUAUUUUGUAAAUAUAUGUGUUGUACGUUGAGUUUGUCCAGUCAAAAUGUCAGUGUUUAUUUAAUGUAUCCAGAGAAUCGCUAUUGUUAUAAGUAUUUGUAGAUGCCUGGGAUUUCUAAAAUAUGGGGCACUUGAAAACAGGCAUAUAAGGGCCAUACAGGGAAGGCAAAGUUGAUAUAUCAACUAUGGCCAACAAAAGUAAAGACAAGACAAUAUGUCAAGAAUGAGAGCAGCAUCAGAUGGCUGCCAUUACAGAAACAUCAUUGGUGCUACAUUGAGAACAUUACAGAAACAUCAAUGCCUCAUGGAUGCCAUUACGGGGGUAAUAUGGUAAUCCAGCACGAACCAAAAUUAUGAAUAACAAAAAAAUAAACUGUUCAAUAUAAUGAACUCAAAAGAUGCAGCACCAGCAAACAUGACAAGACUUGUGGGUACUAUUCGGGGGAAAUGUACCCAAAAGAGAAUGGCAUGUAAGACAAGCUAACGCCAGACCACGCUGCACAAGACAAAUGGACUUCUUGAUGAGCACACAGUGGGCCUGCUGUGAUGUUCACAAAAGCCAGCUAAUUAGCCAUUAUGAGAAGGGGUGAUGUAAUGUAAGAAAAAAAUAGACUUUGAAAAUUGAAAGUUUGAUUAUUGUAAUAUUUGCUCUUUUUUAUUGCAAAUGUCACAAUUAUUGCUUGUGUGACUUUCAACACCACAUCCAUUUGCCACAACACUACAGAGCACAGAAACUGGUGGCAAGCCUUGUAGUUUCCGUGUGGCGGGAGCAUAGAAGUCUUUUCUCCAGUGAUCUACGUAAUUCAAAAUGUGUCCACCAAAUAGAGAAAGUAGUUUAGAAAGUAGUGAAUAUUUUGCAAAAAUCUUAAAAGAAUAUUCAGGUUUUGUAAGAAAACUCUUGCAACUAUUUAAAAUUAAAAAAAACACUAGGUAAAUUAAAGUAAUGUUUAUUAAGGUACAUGUUGCUUUUUUUGUUUAAUUUGCUGUUAAAGUUUUUUGAUAUGGCCUUGUAGAUUUUUGGAAAAAAAAUGCAUUUUUGUAAGGUAUGUUCCAUCUGUUAAAAAAUGUAAGUAAAGCAAUUCUAAAUACUGUUGCAAUUCGGCAAAUAAACUAGUUUUGAUAUGUA